CAAAAUGAAAUUUAGGUGAUGGGGUUAUAAAGGGUGUUGCAGAGAAAGACGUGAAGCAAAUAUCCAAAAGUGGAGUAAUUACUAUGCAAACAAAUUGAAUAUUUGCCCCUACUUUCUAAAAACACUGCUCAGCUUUUAGAACUCAGCAAUCUUUAUCUGCAAAGCUUUUAUAAAAUCUCCCCCGGCACUUGGCAGAUUCCCCUUGAGCCUGUGGAAACUUUCAAUACAUGGCAGAAUAUCUAGUUAAUAAAGACCUUGAAAAUGAUCUCUGGAAAACCGUCAUCUUGUUUUGCAGUAAGUAUGGCCCUUUGCGAACCAACUCCAGAGCUUAGAAAAAAACAAAAAAUGUUCAUCGUUGGAAGAAUAUUUUAUUGACAUUGUGAACACACACAACUCAGAAAAUUACAGGUUACCUUAGAUUUUAUUCUUCUGCUAUAAGAGAAUCAAGUAAACCUUUGCAAUUGUGUUAACACUGUCUUAAUGAAACAUUUACUGUGUUUCUACGUUCUGCUGAAAUUAUUUCAAAAUAGACUGUGCCUACUGAAGUCAAAGUCCUCAAUGUAAACGGAAUCCCUAGAGAUUAUUAUACAUGGGCCUCCUUAUUUAGGAACGAGAGCAAGCAAUGAGGCCAUCUGUCUACACGAACACAUAUCCUGAACUACAUUUAAUCACAUGCAGAGCUACAAAAGCAACCUAUAUUUAUUUAAAAUAAUAGGAAGCUGUAAAUGUUUAACCCCCUAAGGACUGAGACAAUUGUACAAGUUGUGAUCAAAACGUAAACAUAAUUUGCGCUAUAUGUCUGUUCAGGGGUAAUUCACCUCUUUCAUAUUAUGUGUACCCACACUUAUUAUAUAUCAUUUUGUUCAGGAGAAACCGGGCUUUCAUGUCACAUCAAAUAUUUGUAUAUUAAGCAUAAUUUAUCAUGAAUUAAAUAUAAAAAGAAAGUGAGAAAAUAAGAAAUGUUGUUUUUUUUGUUUUUUUUUUAGUUCUGCCUGGCAUUUUAACGGUGACUGUCAAAAUACUGUUCGCGGUUACUGCAAUAAAGUACACAUAUUUGUAUUCAGCGAUGUCUCACGGGUAAAACCGUACCCGUAAUGUACAGGUUUAAUGGUGUUUUGGAAAGUUACAGGGUCAAAUAUAGCACAUUACAAUUUUCAGUUCAUACACAUUGAAAUUUGCCAGAUUGGUUACGUUGCCUUUGAGACCGUAUGGUAGCCCAAGAAUGAAAAUUACCACCAUGAUGGCAUACUAUUUGCAAACGUAGACAACCUAAGGUAUUACAAAUGGGGUAUGUCCAGUCUUUUCUAGUAGCCACUUAGUCACAAACACUGGCCAAAAUGAGCGUUCACAUUUGUUUGUGUGUUUUGGCCAGUGUUUGUGACUAAGAGGCUACCAAUCGGGCAAAUUUCAAUGUAAAAAAGGAAACUCAAGCCUUAUAUUUGACUGAGUAACUUUUGAAAACACCAUAAAAACCUGUGCUAUUAUACUCUGGAGACUUCGCCGAACACAAAUAUUAGUGUUUCAAAAUAGAAAACCGUAUCACAACAAAUAUAUAAUCAGUGAAAGCACAGUCUGUGUGAAAAAUGCAUUUUUACGGACUAUAUCAUCGUUGUGAUCUGUUUUACUGUUUUUAAAUGCUAACAUUUGUGUUCAUCGAAGUCUCCCGAGUAAAACAUUACUGCCCAUGUACAGGUUUUAUGUUGUCCUAGAAAGUUACAGGGUUAAAUAUAGGGCUUGCGAGCCAAAUUCUGUGGACUUUCAGCCUGGGUUGUCGGGCAGGUCCCUUUAAAUUGUAAUUAAUAAAAUUACUUGAUUAUGUAAAAAUAUUAUAUAAAUAUAUUUGUAGAAUUUAAAUUAUUUUUAUUCAUAGUUAGAUAUAUAUCUAUAUAUAUUCACAAAAAAGUGAACCUCUUGCACUCCUACUAAAAAAAAAAGUUUUAAAUACCCGGUGCUAGGUCACAAUAAUAUAAAAAUAUCAAAAAAAAUACCGGCACUCUAGGCUUUGUUCAUCCGAUUUAUUCUUAGGCGAAUAUCUCAAUCUGAAGAAAAGCAAUCAAAACUAAAAGGGUUGAUUUUGUGAUUAAUGGGUUUGGAGAAUUGAUCCAGUAUGGACAUAACAAGUUGUUUCAUCUAAAUUAAUCAUUAUCUGUGAGAACAUGUAAUAUGAAGGAAAUAUGCCAAGCCAGACCAUUGCAGAUGGUAUAUAGCACAUCGCCUACUAGGCUUUAGAAGUUCUACUUGGAUAUACGGUUUUUAAUGUGCCUUUCACUGUAGUAGUAGCCAUUUCACUGUUAGUUUUGUAACCAUGGGUAUCUUUAUUCUUCUACUUUGUAGGCGCGAAAGAAAGAAGUCUUUGUGCAAGAACGAUAUGGAAGGUUUAAUCUUGGUGACCCUUUCCUGGCACUUCAGAGAGACUUUGAAGCCAGUGCAUUUGACAAGGAAAAGAAGCCUAUAUGUAACAACCCUCUCACCAUCUUAGAAGCUGUUAUGGCCCACUGUCGGAAAAUGCAGGAGAGAAUGACGGCACAAUUGGCAGCGGCCGAAAGACGACAAAGAAAGGUAACAUCUCUGAAUAACGCUAACGCCUGAGACAUGGCUUCCUGUUUUGCUUGUUUAACAAACUCUAUGUCCUCAUUGCUUUUACAGGUGUUUCUAUAACUUUCCACAAGAGAUCCCGUGCUUAUAGAUUAGCUUCCAUUUAUGAAAAAAACAUGAUUGACGCCAUUCUGCAAGCUAACAGAAGUUAUCCCGUGACUCUGAAAAGCUUGCCCAGUAGUGUCAUCCAUUCUUUUUUCAUAUUUGAACGUACUGCCAGGUAAUGAACUACAUAUCCCUAUCCCCUCAGUAAACGGGGUCUAACCAUAAUUGCUUAGCAUUCAAAUGGAAAAGCUUGCAGUUUUGAAGAACACAAGAUAAAUUCACAGGUGUAACUUUUUUAAUAUACACAUGUACACACACACCAUUAAAAAAGUGUGUUUCAAAUCUUAGGCCUCAUAGGAAUGUCUUGUGCCUUUAUGGUGCAACAUAUGUUCUAUAUUAUAAAUUUAAAAACAAACAAAAAAGCCCCAUUAUUUUACCUUCUGCUUUUUUUCCGUUUUUGAUUUGUUCGUCUUACAAGUCUACAUACUUUUGGAAAUCCCUAAUCAGUGUCUCUGGCAUUCUGGAAUUUUCAUGUUGUGUACCAUAUUCUAUUACUGAUGUUCUCUGUAGAGAACUGUUCCUUCAAAAUACAUAUAGAUAUGUAUGUUUGUUUUUUAGGUUUUUUUUUAAUUGAUUGUACGUAUUGAAGGGUGGGAUUCUUUGCUGGAGAUUUUUCUACAUCGCUUAGUAAAGAGUAGGUGGGAAGCUUUAAUUGGUUUGGAGCCUGGCUUGUUACUGAACACCUGUUCAGAAAAUAUAUGUGUGUUUAUCUCCCUAGCUUCUGAAAAUAUAAUUAGAUUGUUGUGGCAUUGAAUUUUAGUAAAGUGACUUUAUGACUUGGAAAAACCAUUCCAGGACAUAGCAUGUACGAUGGUUGUUCACAUGCUUCAACCACUGCGAAAACCUACUCCUUAGAAUAGAAUAAUUUGAUCAUCUUUUUUGGCCAUCAGUAGAUUCUCACUGGGCAUCUGCGAUGGCUCAAGUCUAUAUAUUAAUGUCAGUCUUAAAUUAGGUUAACAUGAUAACUCUACCCAAAUUAUGCAGCCUGUGUCGCUUGAAUCUGGGUAUAUUAUGAGUUGAUUGAUAAUUAAAGGCACACUCUGGGCUCAAAAUAAGACCAGCCAUUAGUGGCAUCCUUAGUAACAAAUUAAAAAUUUUUUCUCAUUCCUCACAUACAGAAAUGCUUAAAUUUCAGAGUGCAGGGAAAGGGUAAAUGCAACAAAACCACCACAUUAAGAUGCAGUAGUUUUGGUGCUUAAUGUCCUUUUUAAAAAGUUUUUAUGGACAGAGUUCAUAAAAGUGUAGAGUCAGGGCCGGAUUUGCACAUCAGGUGCCUGUAGCCACAAAAUUAUAAGGCGCCCUCUGCUCCGUAACCCCCAAAAAGGCAGAUAAAGUAAGUAUAAUGAAUUUAUUUCCUGGAAAUUGCAGACAUAAAAACAUCAACAAAAAAGCAUCUAUUCAUAUUUGAAAAUUGUAUACAUGUAUAAAUGUAUGUGUGUAUAUAUCUGCUUGCAAUGUAUUCUGUGUGACUCUUUGAGCGUAGUGAGUGUUUGCAGCUGUGUAAAUGCAUGCAAGGUUAAAGUUAAAGUCCCUUUUCUGAAUUGAUCUUGUUACAUUCUCUCUCCCCUCCCCCCCCACUGUCAAUCAGACACCCAAUCCUCUUACUUCCUGGUUUGCUUUACUCAGUGGACCUAAACUCAAGAGGCAGCAAUUGCCCAGAGCACCUGCCUUGCAAAAUCUUUUCAUUGAGCUGCAUUGGAAAACCUGUGAUUGGACAGCCACGGAAAGGCUUUUGGCGGGGUUUGAAGGGGAGGGCUUGCAAAGGUUAGAGACAAGAGAUCUGCAGCUUUUUCAAGCUGUUUUUAUAUAUACCCCCAAUUACAAAAAAAAGUAUUAAAUGCAUGCAUGUUUUCAUGGUCAGUGGAUCUACGAAAGUGAAUUUUAAUUAUUAAUAUUGUUUGUAUUUGUGUGGCGGUGUGAACCUUUAAUGUCUGUUAGACUAUACAAAUGUGGUGAAUAGAGGAAACUGCAGAAAGUGUUACGUAGCUCCAGUCAUUGAGUUUGAAAGGCCCUGCCUGGAUGAGUUUAUACCGUUUACUGUACUUAGUCAGACUUGCAAUAGCUCCAGGUUUCAUAUUUAGCUUCUGCUGGUUGUUGGUAAUUAGAUCUAUGCAAGUCACUGAAAUCCCAGUGUUCUCCAAACUAUUUACUUUGAAUCUGCCAAAGUAAACACUCAGUGACUAAUGUAACCCCUUUUAUGGCAAAGGAGCCUGUCUUUUGUGGUACAAUAGGCCUGUACAGAGAUGAUGUAUGUGUGUGUUAUAGCUCUUUCUUCCAAUAAUGAACAUUUCCUGCUUUUAUGAUGAUCUUUAAUAGAUUAGCACAGUGUUAGUAAGAUGAAUGGAUUCACAACUCUUUAAAUAGGUUCUGUUACAACGUGCAACUGUAACUGCGAGAUAUUAUGAAACAGGUUAAUGUGCAUGUAUUAUAAUUAAAGGACCACUAUAGUGCCAGGAAAACAUACUCGUUUUCCUGGCACUAUAGUGCCCUGAGGGUGCCCCCACCCUCAGGGACCCCCUCCCGCCCGGCUCUGGAAAGGGGAAAAGGGUUUAAACUUACCUUUUUCCAGCGCUGGGCAGGGAGCUCUCCUCCUCCAAUCCUCCUCUUCUCCUCCCCGUCGGCUGAAUGCGCACGCGCGGCAAGAGCUGCGCGCGCAUUCAGCCGGUCUCAUAGGAAAGCAUUUACAAUGCUUUCCUAUGGACGCUUGCGUGCUCUCACUGUGAAAAUCACAGUGAGAAGCACGCAAGCGCCUCUAGUGGCUGUCAAUGAGACAGCCACUAGAGGAUUAGGGGGAAGGCUUAACCCAUUCAUAAACAUAGCAGUUUCUCUGAAACUGCUAUGUUUAUGAAAAAAUGGGUUAACCCUAGCUGGACCUGGCACCCAGACCACUUCAUUAAGCUGAAGUGGUCUGGGUGCCUAGAGUGGUCCUUUAAUAUGGCCAGGUUGCAUUAACCUAGGCUUAUUGGUAAACCUGGGUGGAAAUCACUGUUUUUAUCAUAGCAAAGAACUACUCGCUUUUCAAACAAAAACUUAUUUGCUUUUGUUUUGCAAAGGGUUUUAUUUCCUCUUUUGCAAAUGGUGCGAUUUCGUUCUGGCUUUGAAAGAGGUCUCUCCAACACAUGAGGCCUGUCCAAGUUGCGCUGUAGGAACUUUAAAGAAAGGCACUUUUUUCCGCAAAUAUAAUUCCUUUGUAGAGGUAAAAAGGCCAACUUGAAAAAGCUCACAACAAACUACAAAUAAAAAAAGUCUGGUUACAAGCAAGAUGGACAAAUGUAACGUGUCAAGCUAUAUAACAUGACCUUCAAACAAAAUGUACUGGGUCAAACCCAGUUAGAAGAUUGGAGAAAAAAACUAAACAACAACCCAAGGAAAAAAAGGUAAGAAUGAAAGGGGAAUCCACAAGGAAGUCCUCGAUUCCGUUCCUGAAACAGUAUAGGCUGGUUCGUCCACCGAUACCUUGUAUAGAUGAUUAGAGAGGAAUUUUAAAGUUGAACCAUAAACUGUUCAGUGUCUCUCGCUUUCUUACAGCCUUCUACUACUUUUUGAAAAUAAUGUUUUGCUUUUUUAAUUUAAAAAAAAAAAAAAGCAUUUCUAAGGUAAUGCAUCAAGUGAAUGAGGUCACUUCAAGCACAGAGUGUCCCUAUUAAUGGAGUACUGUUACACUCAGCAGUUUAAUGUCCCAUGUUGUACCUAGAUGUUCCCAUUAGAACCAAUUGCGUAUACAAAGGAUAUUGAAUGUUCUUUUGUGUAGCUAUGUCGUUCCCCUUUAAAGUAAUGGUAAAUGCCAACUAAUCUAAAGAUAUGUAGGUUUCUCUGAUCUCUGGCAGGCUAAGCUGUAAAUUGCAUUGUAAUUACGCCUGACACGGCCUUGUAAUAAGUUGAAGUAAAUUAUAUGAUUUUUAUUAAACUGUAUCACCUUCUCUUGGCAGUUAGUUCAGAGACUGGCUUAAGCCUGCUGUAAUCACGUCUCUGAUCCAACCUACAAUUCCAAACAGAAUGAUUUAAAAAUUGGCUUGAAAUCAAGCUAAAAAUUCCAAUCAACGUUCCAGAAGAUGGAGUAAAAUAUAAUUGUAAUUUAGGUUGGAAAAAAUUGCCCCCUUGAAAAUUCUUAUCAAGUUCAACCUUUCACACGAGACAAAAUCUCACCUCUUUUAUUGACAUAAGAUUGUGCUAAAUAAAGCAGAAUAAUUAGUAAUUCACUACAAAAUGACAAUUUGAUUUUACUUUCUUUUUAUUCCUCACGUUCUUAUCAGCAGACCUCAAAUAUUGUCUACAUUAAUUAUGUUUACAUACAUAUAUAUAUAUAUAUAUAUAUAUAUUUAUUUAUUAUUUCCUAAACAAAAAAUCUUGGCAACAUUUAAAGCCAUGUAUUGAUACGGACUCUAGAUAGUGAAUUAUGGUGCCUUAUUGUUCUAUAUGUCAAAACAAAACAUUUCUACUAUAACUGAAAUCUUCCUUUGUUGGUGGGGUACGUCUUGUCUGUAGCAUUGUCAUGUUACUGAACAGGUCACCAGAGACUUGAUUUUACUCUUUAGUAUUUGUGGCAUAUUAUUAUAUUCUCUCUUAUACACCUUUUUUUUUCUAGGAGUAAAUAAUUAAAAUGUUAACUAGCUUAGACUGUAAGCUUAUUUGAACUGUAAGGACUUUCCUUGUUAUGUCUGUCAAAUCUGUCAAUAUUAUUAUUUUUUUGACAAUUACUUAUUGUUAAAUAUCCCCAUCAUAUAAUUGUAAAGCUCAGUGGGAAAUGUUGAUGCUAUAUAAAUAUUAAUAAUAGUUAUAAUAACCAUGACAAAUAUUAUCAAUAGUUAUAAUAACCAUGAACCACCAAUACUUGUAUUCAUUUUGUAGCUCUCCUCUGUACUUUGUCAAUUCCCACAAUCUUUAUGAGAAUUCAUGCCUGAUCUUGCCCUGCACAUUGAAAUGGAAUCUUUACUCUUGAUUUACAAAUGAGUGCAAUUACAUUGUUUUCAUGCGUUUACAUUUUUUUUAAAUAAUAUAUAUUGUGUAUGUCAAUAAUAUGACAUGUAGGCCAUUGUAGCUACACAUGGUUUACAAAUCUGUCUGCAAAUGUUCCUAAAUCCUUUUCAUUUUGUCGAUUAUUUUUUUUUUCUAGCUCAUUUAGAGUUAAAGUUGUAUGUUUGUUUUUGCUUCCAAAAAUGCAUAACCUUGUAUUUGUUUAUAUUGAUAUCAUCUGCCAUUGUCUGUCCUGUUCUCAUCCUCUUUCUCAAAGUAAAGCAACAUAUAUCCAUAUUGCUCUGACGUCACUUAAAUUACAGUUAUCGGAGACACCUUGGCAUGGCUAUUUUUGAACAAAAACAUUUCUGAAUGAUCAUGUUAAUAACAAACCCUUACUAUCAAGUUAACAUUAACUCCUUUGAACAAAUACAAAUGAGCACAGAUAUAAUUUCUAUAUUAAAAUGCAAUAUUGGAAAGUAAUGUUUUAUACCUACUUGGAUCUCUUCAGACGUAUUAAGACAUGCUUCCCAACAUUGGGAGGCAUAAAUGUGGGAUGGAGGUUGGUGCAGCAAGUAGAGGGCAUAUCAGCGAUACUGUGAACCAAGUCAAGGUAUACCUUGACCAGAAUGUUGCUAAAGUGCUCUCAUAUGGGCAAGAUUUCCUCAGUUCAGUUUGUACAUCAUUAUUGUACACAUUUUCUGUCGUCCCACUUCUGGAGACACAAGAGAACAAACGCAGGAUGACAGGAAAAGUAUGUCAGAACUGUCCCACUGAAUCUAGGAUUGUUGGGAGGUAUCUUAUUAGUCAGACACUAUUACUUUGCUCCCUAAAGUUUCCCAAUUGCUUAAAUGACAAAUCAAGAUUUCAAAAAAAUAAGAGGUCCAUAUAUGAAAAUGAUUCUGCAUAUACUUAUUUUUUAUAUUAUUUAAAUCGUGGUGUGUUUUUAUUUUAUUUUUUUAAUACAGCUCGAGGCAGAAAAACUGCAACUGCAAAAUUUAGAGCAGGAACACAAGAAACUAUUGGCUCGUCUUGAGGAAGAACGAACUAAAAAUAAACAUGUGGUCCUUAUCCUGGUUAAAGAAUGCAAACUAUUGUCCGGCAAAAUAGCAGAAGAAGCUCAGAAUCUAGAUGAAGCAAUGUCAAAAUUAGAGGCAGAAAAAAAGAAGGGCGUCGAACUGGAAGAAGCCCUCGCUGCUGAAAAACAGCGCCUGUCACAAAUGGAAGCACAGAUGGGGGCUCAAAUUGAAAAACAACUUUCAGAGUUUGACACGGAGAGAGAACAUCUUCGUGCCAAAUUUUCUCGAGAAGAAGUGCAUACGAAAGAGCUACAAGAUGAAAUAGACAGACUGAAGAAAACAAUAGAGCAACUGAAGUUGUCCAAAGAAAAUGAAAGUAAAGCAAACCUCCCUUUUCUUCAUAAAAACAAAGAUAGGUACCCGGUUUCUGUAGGUACAGGAUCUCGUUCUGUUUCGUGUCAGACGAAUUUAUUACUUCUUGAUAGUGACUCUGAAAUUAGUAAAAAGUCUCCCUUGGCUAUACCAACCAAACCUUCAGUAAUUAAUCAUGUCAUAGCUGGCAACACAAAAAUUAAUGUAUGCACAAAUUCAGCGUUUGUAAAGCCAGGUUCAGACAGACAAAACAUCCACAAUGAAUCAGUCAGUCUUCCUACAACUCAUGGAGUAUCUCCAAGUUGCACCAGGACAGAAGAAAAUGGAUCAUCAUCAUCAGAUGGAACGAGCAAUACCUUGCUCUACCCAAAUAACUCAUACUGUGCCUCCCCAGCAUCGCCAAGUUAUCUCUCCCAAUCUAUGCAGAGCUUGCACACACAAUGUCCAAAUACACCCAUAAAUUCAGGUCUAAGUCCCCGUAUCCAGGCUGCCAAAUUCAAAUUUCAGGCCAACGCCAACGAACAUGAUCAAAAUGGAAACACCACACAAAUGUCUCAGAUAAAAGCAUUAUCGCCGAACCCCCGUGAGAAUUUGGCAGCGAAGCAGAUGGCAAGAAAUACCGUAACCCAAGUGCUUUCAAGAUUUACAAAUCCUCCGGGCACUGCACAAUUGAGGCCUGGUUACCCACACCCUAUGGAAACCGGUACCUAUCCUCCAGUGGCUGGGCGCUUAGGCCAUCCAUCCCAUGCGUUGAAAUCGACUUCCGUGUCACGAGUUGACAGAGGCAACCCUCCACCCAUCCCUCCUAAGAAGCCAGGGCUCUCACAAACUCCGGCUGCAUCACAUCCUCAACUAAAGGCACCACCAAAUGUAGGGGGAAAAAUUGAGAACAAACCCAUAACUUCUGCUCCUUCCAGUACAACACAUGGAAUCAGGGUAUUGCAUGAGGAAUCUGUAUCUAAGUCCUCUUCACCUCAGCUGCCACCAAAACCAUCUAUAGAGGUACCUGUGGCACCUGCGGACUGUGUCAUACCAGCCAUAGGCACAUCACAGGUGGGUGCUUGGCCUCCCCAGUCCCCUGGAUGGAAGGAACCUGCAUGUUCAGAAAGUUCCCUUGUCAUUCCCUCAACCAUUGCCUGUACCUCCUCCAUAAUCCCUGUUAGUGCCUCAUCCUGUAGACCAUGUGAUUCAGACAGCCUCCUGGUAACAGCAUCAGGUAAUGGGAUAUAUCAAAUUUACAGUGUUUUCUUUAGAAAAUGUAUCCCUUUCUAAGUUCUUACGCUUACCUUUCAUUCCUUAAGAAAAACCUUUAAAUUGCACAUUUUGUUUGUCCCUCCUUCUUUCUCACAUGGGGUAUGAUAAUCUGAUUUUGUUCCGAUCUUAAAUGUCACAUGUACUCUUCCAUUUUCUUCCCUCCCCCCCCCCCCAAAAAAGUUGGUAAAUAUAAUUUUGAAAAAAAUUGUGCAUGUGCAAACAAUCUGGCUUCAAAUCGAAACUGGAAUUCUAGAAUUCCAGAUAUUCUGCUAGAUACAAAUGUUAAGCCAUUAUAAAUGAUCAGAACGAUAAAGAUUUCCUGUUAGUGUGGUUAGUCAAAGUUUGGCAUUUUAAGGAAGAUGUUGCUGCUUUUUGUAAGCCCCCUUUCAAUAUGAAAUGUAUGUAACAUUGGUGCAUAUUAAAAUUUAAUUUUAGAUUUGAUAGCACCCGGCUGGAUUACAGACACUGUGUCCUGUGACUGGUUUAUCCACCAUCAGUUAUGCAGUAUAUGCAAUGUUUAAUCAAUAUUAAACACAGGACAUAUACAUGUUAAACAUGCUAUUUCUACAUAGGACAUACACGUGUUCUAUGCAGGGUUAUACGGAACCGUGCAUAAAGAUAUAAGCUUAUGAUUGGGUUUUCUUGUUUGCAUUUUUUAUUCUCAACUUUCACUGGAAAUUAAGGAGAUAGUCAUCCAAAAAAUAGUCCCAUUAAAGGGUGUAGGUUUUUAUACCGUUGUCGUUCUUCCCUUAAAAGUAUACGGCGAGGUUGUGGGAUUAGCCUGGAUUCCAGUGUCCCGAUUUGACACGCUUUGUUCUAUUGAGUUAUACGUCCUUGAUCCUAGUGGCAUGGCAUUGCAGCUUUUGGUAAAGCGUCUAAGGGCUCUCAAAUAAUGUUUUGACUUUGAUCAUCUGAGCUGUAGAAAAUCUUCACUUGCUUGGACUAAAGCUGCCUUUCUUUUUGUUUCUAGAUAUGCCAUUUUCCAUCAAACAGUCUUGGCUUACUGUGCUCUGCACUUGUACAUGCAGUUUUGAAAAAAGCAGAACAUUCUGCCAAUUAGGAGGCCCAGCUUCACAUAAAAGUUUCAAGAGUUUGCCUUGAUAUAAGUUAGGUCAGUAACUGAACCACUUUUAUAAUGUAAUGCUGCCAAAAUUGGUUUUUAAAACGAGACUGUACGGAGCCUCUUGUCUUAAUUCUUAAUAUUUCUGCCUUUUGUUCUUUGUUUGUGUAGACUUAUGGUUUAUGUCACACCACCAAAAAAACAUAUUAUACAAAAUUAUUUUAGUAUUCUAAAUUAGAGUGUCUUAAGUUAGGCAGUGCACCUAUCAGACGAGGGAUGAUUCGUUAACUUUUUAAUUUUUUAUUAUUAUUGUAUUUUUCGCUUGAUCACAGGAAAGUCUGCAAUGUACUGUUUAAAUUCCGGAUGGCAGAAGCAAAUUGCAUUUAUAACUACAGGGUAGAAAAUAAUUUUAAAAAAGUGAUUAUUUUUUUUAAUAUAGUUUGCUUUCAAAGUGCUCAUUUUUAUUUAGCGCAUGAUGCUUUUUUGAGUUCUUGGUUAAUUUUAAGCUCAUAGAUUUUCAUACCCCAUGACACCUUUUUAUAUUAAACUGCAAUUAUUUUCUUCAAAUCUUGACAAUGCUCUCUUCAUUUCACAUUAACGUGGAGUCAUUUGUUCUCUGGAUGUGAUUUGGCUUGGAAGAGGGGUAAAAAAAAAAAAAAAGAUUGAAGUAUUGAUCUUGGCUCUCAAAUUAACCAUCACCACAUUCUGAAUCUGGUGCCAGAAGCUGUUUAAUUUCCUUGUACCCUCGUUCAUUACUGCAUGAUAUCCAGGCUUUUGCAGUUGCUAUUCUAUUUGGCUUUUUUUGUAUUAAACAUUCUUUCUUUUGCUUCUUAAAUGAGUUGCCACAUUCUUGCCCUGUAAUUUGGCACAUUAUUAUGUUGGAAGCUCUUUCUAUCGGGUAAGCUUUGUAAUCAUUUUCCUUUUUCUGUUUUGCAUUCUGUUUUUAUAUUCAGAUUCUGUUUGCAUUCUAUAUACAUUUGCUAUUUAUGUUAGACGAUUGGAAAUCAAUUGUAUAGAGCAAUCACUGCGACAGACCAUAAAUCAAGAUAACAUCUAGUGAAUCGAACACGGUUGUUGUGUAUGAAUUACUUUCUGUGUAGAAUGCUAUAUAUAUAUAUAUAUUUUAUUUAUUAUAUUUCUUAAGGACCCCAGAGUCUUUUGACAUAAUUGUUUUAAUUUUUAAAUUCUAUUUAAUUACAAUGAAGUUUGUCUAGUAUUAAAUAUCGCUGUAAACCAUUCGAAAUGUUAAUAAAAUUAUAUACAUUUUCUCUUGCAGUAUUUUGAAAGUUGCAGAAUUUUCCAAUUGUUCUCCUGUUGGUUUCACAAACUUCACAGAAUUAACAAGAUCUCUAUUAAGUUGCUUCUUAAUAGUUAAAUAAAUAAUCUAAAAAGAGUUAACAUUUUAUUCAGAUUCCCCACUAGUCCGCCAGUCCUGUGUCGUGUUUACCCCAGUUUAACCUGCUGUGUAUGUACUGAGGUUUAAACUAUUAAAAUGAACCUGUCAUUUAGAAUAUUUAAAGACAUAGAUUAUAAAGCACUAUUAUUUGGUAGAAUAAAAAUCAAUUCUUUAUUUUUAAAUUUUUUUGUCAAAGGCAACAAUUUACAUAAAAUAUAGUCUGGUUAUCUACAUUCCAAGAAGCUGGAUGCUGUUGGGAGGGAGGUAAAGGGGACGGGAUAGUGAUGUGACUGCAUUGCUGGCUCUGCCCAAAAAGGAUAGACUUACAAAUUACUGGCAGGUCAGCCUUGCGUUUGGGCAGGCCAGGCUGCCUGCCAAUAAAGCUGUUUCACUGCUUCCUGCAGUGUUCGUGUGCCCUAAAUUCAGCGCAAGCGCGUCUGAUGCCCUUGCGCAACACUGUUUGGGGAAAAAAGUCAAGAGGUGGGACAGGACCCAAAAACCAGGACUGUCCUGCCUAAAUCUGUGCAAUUCCUAUUGCAUUAUUACUGCCCUAGAAUAUUUUUUUUGAUUAGUUGUCACCACACUUGGGGACUUCUAUAUUGGAGAUUAUAUAAAGACUUCAGUUUUUCCAUUUUAAGUGGUAAAUCUAUUGGCGUCAAAGGGGCUUUCCAGGUAUAAUGACCAGUGCAUGUUAAUGGAGUGACUAUGGUACAAGUAGCCUGACACUGAAAAUGUUUGCGCUUUAUCUAGUGCCAGAGCCCCACCCAUCUACCACUGAUGGCUUAAGGAGAAGUUUAGCUUCCUUCUUGAGCCAUACAAAUAUUUGUAUUGCUUGAGAAAGCUUGACAGUUUCCUUCACUUACAGCAAAAUCCUCUGCCCCAAACAAGGCUCAUUUUAUUUUUUAAUUUUAAUACCAGUUCUAUAUAGGCAACAUAGUAACAUUUCUUACGAAGAAUCUAGUUAUCAUAGGAACAACUCCUGUUAGGGCAUAAACUUAUGUUUUGUUAUUUAACACCAUUUUUAUUCAUCUGUUGCUUUAACUCACAGGCUGGUGUCCCUCCCUAACUGCUUUGCUAACAAGCGGUGGUCCUGUUCCCCUGGGAGACUUGACCACCCAUCUUCACCAUGCUGCUGCCCAGGGAAAUGUCACUUUAUUGUCAAUGCUGCUUAACGAAGAAGAACUGGAUUUAAAUCAUUUAUGUAAAGAUGGCCUUUCUACCUUGUAUUUUGCUGCUGCAAACGGACACUCAGGUGAGAUGCUAGUUCGCAACAACCUUUUUGCUCACUUACAGGGAUAGUCACUGAAGUGAGAAUGUCAGGAAUUCAAACUGAAUUUCAAAUUUAAGGUCAAAAAGCCUGGUUGGAAGUUCAGCUACUUUGGUCUUAGAUUUGAAAUUCACUAAAGCAAAUGUCAUUAGUAUUAUGGAAUACAAUUAAAAAUGUUACUAAAUCCUUCAAUGUUUUUCCUUAAAAAUGUACUUGCCAUCCACAAAUCGCGUGUACUACAAAUUCUCUUUCGACUGCAAAUGUUUCGAUUACAAUAUAUUCUUAAAGGACCACUAUAGGCACCCAGACCACUUCAGCUCAAUGAAGUGGUCUGGGUGCAAGGUCCCUCUAGUUUUACCCUGCAGCUGAAAACACAGCAGUUUCAGAGAAACUGCUAUGUGUACACUGCAGGUUUAAUCCAGCCUCUGGUGGCUGUCUCCCUGACAGCCACUAGAGGCCACUUCCACGAUUUACACGGAGUAAAUAGCACUUAUUUGACGCUUGACGUCCUCACGGAGUCCAGUGUCAAAAAGAUCAGUAAUGCAGUUUUGAAUGUGUGCACACCUCUGGCCGCGCGUGCUCAUUCGGUUCCACUCGGGAGCUGACGUCGAUGGUGGAGGAGAGGUCACCAGUGCCGAGGGAGCCCGGCACUGGAUUAAGGUAAGCAAAUAAAUGGUUAAUUAACCAUUUAUUUGCAGCGGAACGAGGCCCUAGUCACCUAAACGAUGACUAGGGCUCUAUAGCGUUAGGAAAACUUAUUUGUAUUCCUUACGCUAUAGUGUUCCUUUAACCUGGCAAGUUGCUUACUCUUCCUGUAAAGUACUAUAUAUAUUUUUGUGCAUCUAGCCAGCGCUAGAAUGGAGGCUGUGGGAUUCAUUUAGAUUAAUUGACGCUAAUGUAAUUGAAAAAUAUGCACAGCCACAACUUUCCUUGAUUAUAACAUAUACCUGUUAUUGUCUGCAUUUAAAACUUCUACAAUGUACCCUUUUAAAGGUUUUUUUUUUUUUUAUGUUUAAAUAUAAUUUUUCAUGAUUUCUCGCUUUUGCCUCUUUUUGUUUAAUUUGUAGACUGUGUUAAGAUGCUGCUGACGUCAGGAGCACAUGUCGAUGCUACUGUAUCAAACGGCUUUACGGCCUUAUGUACGGCAGCUGCUCAGGGACAUUACAAGUAAGUAACAUCCUUCUGGAUGUACCGGGAAGGUUUCCGAUCCUCCUGUUAAUCUUUUAUUGAGAGUAGAUCUAGGAUUUUAUAUUGGCUUCACCUUGUUAAACUCGUCCUCAUAAAAAUGCAGAGGGAAUGGGGACAGUGCUGAUGGUGAAAUUGUUGCAAAAUCCUUUAAGGUUAUUUGGUAACGUGAGAAUUGCUAGGAAUUCAAAGAGAAUUUUCAGCUCAAAAUAGAUGAAUUCGGAAAUCUCUCCAAUUCAGUUCAGUUUUAAGUUUGACUGUUUUCGCCCUGAAUGUAAAAUUCACUUUGAAUUUUCCGCAAUUCUCACUAUAGUGAAUAACACUGAUUGUUUUAAAUUUUAUACAUGCUUUUUGAUCCACCUUCAAACAAAAAAACCCAAUUAAAAUUAAUUUAUUGCAAAUCAGAGCUAGUUUGGUUGUUCCCCCAAUCCUGGUCCUCCCAUGAAGUGAGUGUUGUGCAUAGCAUACACAGGCAGGGGUUUAGGGAAGUCUUAGUUCAGCUAUCACAAAACAACUCCAUUAAUGAAAAUCCAUGAAUGAAGAUGCUGAGCAUGGAACUAGCUGCUAAGCAGGUUUUAUUAAUUUGAACAGUUUGAUUGUUGUUUUACUGAAUGUGCAUGAACCCUCCACAUGAUGAUGUACAUAUGUUAUGCAAGAUCGUUUUUUUGGGCUUAAAUGUAAAGCAAUGUUAGUAAAUUGCGGCCGCUUUAAUGAGUAGGGUGUAGAAAGAUGGGGGAAGUGAGCUUAUUGCAAUAUCAGCUGAAUGAACAUUACAGUAUACAGUGUGAUGAUCAGUGUGUCCCUAUAAUAAUAAUAAUUUAAUAAACACAUUGCAUUUCUAUGUGUCCUUCGUACAGAUGUGCAGAGAUUUUAAUUGCAUUUAAUGCUGACAUCAAUCAUGUUGGUGGAGGACAGACCCCUUUAUAUCUGGCUUGCCAGAACGGAAAUUCAGAAAUUGUUAAACUUUUGCUGGAAGCUGGAGCUGAUCGAAGUAUUGUAACAAAAGUGAGUAAAGAUUGUUAAAUCAUAUCCGAUGGCUGAUUUUUACUAUCCGAUGGUGAUCUUGGCAAUAAAAAUGUGUUUUCUAUAGUGCUAAUUAUAGACCUCUAUCUAGCUAUCUGUUACAGAUAGAUAAAACCUUCUGGUAUGUGUUGACAUGGUGUCUGCACUUGAAAUUUAAGUUGAAAUUCUGCUACAUCAUUCAGAGGGAUGCUUUUUUUUCUUUAUAGCAUCAAACAUUCCAAACUACAUAAGAGAGAUUUGUUCUCCUCCUCAUCCUCCCCAAGAACUAGGUGGCUUAAAUGGACACUGUAGGCACCCAGACCACUUCAGCUAAUUGAAGUGGUCUAGGUACUGUGACCCUUUUGCACUUAGUGCUGCAAUUUAAAACAUUGCAUUUGCCACUGGGUGCACUUCCGGAAUCGACGUUUGGUCCGUUAUCUGAUGCUGGACGUCCUCACGGACCUCCAGCAUCAGAUUUUCCCCAUAGGGACUUAGGCGCUGGAUUCAGGUAAGUGGCUGAAGGUGUUUUAACCCCUUCAGCCCCACAGGAAUGGGACCACUCGGGGAAGGGGGGGGGGCGGCAGGGGCAGGGCUAUUAACCCUAUAGUGCCAGGAAAACGGCUUUGUGAGAAACCUGUUAUAAGAAAAUCAAUUUACCUUAUAGGAACACUAUAGGAUCAGGAACACAAACAUGUAUUCCUAACUCUAUAGUAUUAAAAUCACCAUCUAGCCCCCCUUGCCCCUCUUACAACUAAGAUUUUGCUAUAUUUAGGGGGGUAUUUGUCUGCAGUUGCUGCCUCUGCCCCUGAUCCACCUGCUUGGCUGACAUCAUUAGAAGUGAUUCUCUGAGCCAAUCACAAUGCUUUCACAUAGGAUUGGCUGAUACUGUCAAGGAUCACCUUCUAGAAUCAAUGCAUCUAUAUGAGGAAAGUUCAGUGUCUAGCAUUCAGUGUCUCCACCCUCUGCAUGCAGUCACACUGUGCAGCACUGCCCCAGUAAGCACCUCUAGCAGCCAUCUGAGGAGUGACCAGUGAAGUUAUCACUAGGCUGUAAUGUAAACACUGCAUUUUCUCUGAAAAGACAGUGUUUACAGCAAAAAGCCUGAAGGUAAUGAUUCUACUCACCAGAACAAAUGCAAUAAGCUGUAGUCUUUCUGGUGACUAUAAUGUCCCUUUAACCCCUUAAUGACACAUGACAUGUGUGACAUGUUAUGAUUCCCUUUUAUUCCAGAAGUUUGGUCCUUAAGGGGUUAAAUUGCUGCCAUACACAUUGAAUACACCAUGUAUCAUACAGAUCUCUGGUGUAUUCUUUCCUCCGUUACAGCCCGCUUCCGAAGUCUUCUUUGAUUUGCCCUGCUUGGGACACAUCCCCAAGCAGAACAGAAUUCGAAAGUGGCGUCGACACGCUGGCUUUAAUGUCAGUGUGCCUGCGUCUGAAUGUAGUCACACCAGCCAUUCUUAUACUCCCUAGCCAGCGCUAGAAGCUGUAGUUGCUAUGGGAUUAGAGCAGAGGGACCUCAUGUGGGAGAUCUUUUCUGCUCUCCCUUGUCAGUCAAUGCAGAGGCAUUGACUGACCGCAGUGAGGAAACCCUAUAUUUAACCUAUGUUGGUGUACAUUUAUAUGAAAAUGUAUAUAUACAUCUAUAUAUGCAUUUUGGUUUGGUACAUCCACAUAUUCUACAAUGACAUCGUCACCUUGGACACUACAAAAAAAGAUAGAAAAUACAAAUAAUUGUAUUGGAUUCUAACCCAUUCAGAAGAUAUACAUGAGACAAACAAGGUCAUCAUAUCUUGUCAUUUGACCUGUGGCAUCUCAUUGCGCAUGUAUGACAUUAUCAUGGGCCAACUUCCUCCUGUAAGUAGACAUGACAAGUAAAUUUUGGUGGGUCUUCACAAAAAAUGAGACCUCCCCACCUCAAGUGAUAUAUGCUUAUUGAUGAAUAAUAAUACGUUUAAGCUUAUUAUGCUCAAUUUGCAUCACAGAGUGCACAUUAUGGAGCCUUACAGACUGUUUGUAGCCUUCUUUCCAGCAUAAAUUAUUAAACUUCUAUUUUUUUAUUUUUCCCUUUUAGGAUGGCCGAACAGCAAUCCACGCGACUGUAGAAAUCGGAAACGUUGACUGUCUAAAACUUCUUAUGUAUUUUGGGGUCUCUAUUAAUGGAGACCGCAUAAAUUCCGAGGAAUCCAAUGGGAACAUUAAUGAGCUGAAUGAAAAAGAGAGCUUAUUGUUACAAAAAGAAAAAUCCAUCGCUUUUUCUUCCCUGCUGAAUGCUUCAGACAGAGAGGGAUGGACAGCUGCGCACAUUGCGGCAUCGAAAGGCUUUAAGGUACAGAUUGCGCAACAAUUUCAAUGUCUAAUGGUGGGCCUAUACCACUAAGCCUAUCUGCUUCGUAGUUUAAUUCAAUUAACCCCUUCAGGGCCAGUAAUCGUCUUGAACAGUCACAAUAACUCAUUUAAUUAACCAUGUCCAUCAUGGGGUUAAUUAUCCGGAACCAUUUACGCACAGAGACAAUGAACACCGUUUAUUGAAUAUUUUCACUCUGUGUUUAAACUCAGUUUUAGUUCAUUUUCUUUUUCAAUCUUUUUACAAUUUCAGAAUUGUAGUUUUUUUGUUGUCUUUGUACAAGUGAUAUUUUUGCUUAUCCCUUUACUCUCAAGUCAUAGAAACAUAGAAUGUGACGGCAGAUAAGAACCAUUCGGCCCAUCUAGUCUGCCCAAUUUUCUAAAUACUUUCAUUAAUCCCUAGUCUUAUCUUAUAGUUAAGCUAGCUUAUGCCUAUCCCACGCAUGCUUAAACUCCUUUACUGUGUUAGGAGUCCUCAUUAACACAUAUUAAUGGUGGAUCACGUCUUCACUUUAAUAAUAGAUGCUUCAUGCAGAUAGUUGUCCCAAGUGUUCGAGAAAUAGACAAUACGCAACCCGGGCUAUUUAUAAAUAACAAUUCUGGGCCAAAGUUCUAAAGAGAGAGCUGUCACCAUGGAAACCAACGUAAUUUCCAGCUUGGAAUCUAAUACCAGCUGCAUUACGGUGGAUGUAGAUGGUGUACAGUUCCAGUGUUGUGAGGAUUCCAGAUAAAUGAAAUACUUAAAGGCAUACUAAAGGCACCAAAACAACUUUAAUAGGGGCUGCUGUGAGGGGUGGGUGGGGGGGGGUAAUAGGAGCUUUGGUAAAGGGAGAUGGAUGGGAUAUGUAGCAGUAGUGAGGGGAUAAUUUAGUAAUAAAAAAAACAUUAAAGAGUGCCCGACCCUUGGCCCGACCGUCCGGUCUGGUGGGAGAUCAACUUGACUGCACCCACUAGGGGUGCUCCAUCCGGCCAGUGCUGUGAAAUGCAUAAGAGCGUUGCUGAGCUAAUGCCCGGAAACAUUCUAAUACAGUGGGGGGAGGGAGAAAAAGUCCUCCUUCUUCUCGCACAGCAUCCGAGCUGCCUGGGCGGUGAGGGAGAUCUUUGAUUUCCCCACCGGCCAUGAAAAUUGGCGGGACGGCACACAUUGGUCAUGGUACAAUCCCAUGCCACCCUAUAGCGACACCUAUGGUUUAAACAUUAAAUCUCUCUAUACAGUAAAUAUGUGUAAGUUACAUGCAGGAGGGUGUGACUAGGGCUGUAUAAAUAAAGUGAUUUAACUCCUAAAUGGCAGAGCAUUGAGCAGUGAGACUGCAGGGUAUUGAUCUAUACACCAAAACUGCUUCAUUAAGCUAAAGUUGUUUUGGUGACUAUAGUGUCCCAUUAAAGUAAACAAUGUUGCCAUCCAAGUUUGCCAUCUUAUCGGCAAAUAAAGGAUCAAAGGGAAGCAUGGUCUACUUAAUAUGUGAAAGUCACCCUUCCUUUUCUCCCCAUAACACCAACCUACUGGAAGCCAUAAGACUUGGAAGCCACUUUGGUCGGUAAAUAGUUAAUCAUUCUGGAUGAUUUCAGACACGUGAAUCGAUUUCCACAACUCUGUUCCUUAUUUUCUAGUUGGCUGAAUAUGCUGAUGUUUUCUCUUUAAGAGGUAUUAUUACAAUAAUAACCACAUCCCGCCCUGGGGGGUCUACACUUUAAUUUUGUUUCUAUUGUUCUCUGAUGACUUUUCUCUCAGUGGGAGAAUUAGUCACGCUCCCCAGAAAUAUUUAUCAAUUAAACUGUCCUGUGGCAUCACUAAUGCUUUUGAGACAGUGCUUCUUCAGGUCUGAACGUCUUGCUAUUAUGUAUCUGUGCUAAUGUCUUCUUCAUUUUGCCCUACAUUUGCUUGUAGGCAAGUCACUUAAAGUUCAGUUAGCAUGAGCUUCGGGAUUACCACCAACUUCGCUUAUGGCUGGAGGCAACAAGCACAAUGCAGUUCAUCACUUUUGUUGUCCUGGGCUGGAGGAUUGGAACAUUACUGUUUAUUUACCACCAUAUUCAGAGAAAAUCUAGAUUACUCAGACUCCUGUAGUAUGCUAUAGACCAGGGGUAGGCAACCUUUGCAACUCCAGCUUUUGUGGACUACAUCUCCUAUGAUGCUCUUCCACCCUUCUCGUCACAAUGCUGGCAAAGCAUCAAGGGAAUUGUAGUUCACAACAUCUGGAGUGACAAACGUUGCCUACCCCUUGUAUAGCAUAUGUAAUGUGUUGGUGAUUCACAUGACCAUGCACAAGUAGUGGCUCUAGUGUAAGGCCACGUUUUUGUUUUGUGUUUUUUAUGGCUCUUCGGGUUUUUGUUAUCUUUUAGAAGGCAAUGUUUAUAAUUUUUUUUUCUACCUUGUUAUCACUGCAGCAAGAAUUUAAAAAUGUUUGUUUUUUUUGUUUUUUGCUUCUUAUUUUUCAUCAUAUUUUUUUUGUUUGCAAAAAAUGUAUCGAUGUACGUAGAAUGCAAUAAACCGUAGCCGACAACAAAGGUUACAAAGGAAACCUAUAAAAAGUCCAAGGGUCGGGCACGCAAAAGUUAUUUACAGAAGAUUAUGGAAGGUUUACCCCCGGAAAUUCGAUCAGAUCAAGCGGUUAUUAUAGUAUUGCAUACUCUGCGUGAUGACUAAUGGACAAAAAUGCUUUGGGUGAGGGAGGAAUGAUCAAAAGGAAGGAUUCGGGACGGACCAAAUCAGAAAAAUAAAAAAGGUAAAGGUAGGGAUUUCUAAAGGAGGUUGAGGUAAAAAGAAAGAAAGACAAUAGUUGUACAGCGCUGUGGUAUAUGUCGUAUAAAUAAACAAUAAUGAUAAUUAUUAAAUAAUUGGUAGAAAUGAAAUCUGUAGAGGUUCAGGAGACAUGAGGAUUCAUGAUAGUAUUCUAAAUUUAAAUGGAGUAACUGAUGUCAAAUAAAUAAGUUAUCAUAUUUGCUAUAAUUGAAUAUUUGAUAAAUAUUUCAUUUAAGAAAACAAUCCAGGUGUGCACCGCCUGAAGAAAUUCAUUCCUUGCGUCUGUGAGGGUUAUGCAAAAAUGUAUUUUUGCUAUAGCAUAUUAGCGUUAAGUGCAAAUGUUAAAAGAAAUUUAUAUAUAUUUAUAUAUAUAUUUUUUUCUGCCGAAUUGCUUUGUCAUCAGCCACAGAUGGUGGUUGAUGGUGGAGGUGGGUACCAUGUUUUUGUCUUGUUUUGCAUAGUCCCAGGGUAUAAAUUAGGCAAUCUGUCUUUUAUAAGUCAAUUACAUUUUAACACAUUUUGUAGGCAGUUAUUCAUAAAGUUUUCUACAUACGCUGAACAAAAUGUAUCAGCUUUAAAGUCAUGUAGAAUCGGGUUCAGAGGUCCCUAUUAAAUCUCAGUGCUGAUCGACUAGGAGAGUAUAGUGAUGCCAUUCGAUUCGAUUCUCUUAGUGGACUGUGGUCACAGAACCAAAAUGACACUUAACUUUAUUUUCUAAAAGUUACAGUUCUGUCAACAAAAACAAGUUAAUUAUCAUUAUUACCAUUGGUUUAAAUGCUCUUAACCCCUUAAGGACACAUGACAUGUGUGACAUGUCAUGAUUCCCUUUUAUUCCAGAAGUUUGGUCCUUAAGGGGUUAAAACGGAAUUCUUCAUAACUACUACAUUUCCUACAAUUCACGGCCAGACGAACACCCGUCUGAGCAGCCUGGGAAAUAUAGUCUAAAUAAUGUCUUGGGUCGCAAAGUUGACCAUCUUGGCCCUAAAUGGAAAUAUUAUCUUACUAUAUGUACGAAACAUUGCAAAUUGAAACAGGAUAUGAUUGGCACGGAUGAAAGCGGAUGCUCUGCCUUGCACCAUUCCUGCCAUGAUUGCACUGAUACAUUUGAAGUUAUGUCUGAGUUUUCUGGGGCCUGGGGAUAUUUUGUUACAGAAUGUUACUGCGUGGGGUUUGCAUGAAUAAUAAAUGGAUUCUGCUUCUAGAGUGGAAUCUCCAGGUUUUUGAGCCGCAGGCAAAGAUAUAAUAAAACGCAUCAAAGUACCCACUGCACGUCAUGUGAAGAAGCCUUUUAAUUACCAGCCUUAUCUCCUACAGAGAUAUGUUCUGUUUUAUCAUUAUGCAAUGUUUUGCAUGUGCAAAAACAUAAAAAAAAAGUAUUUUCUUUCUUAAAAAUAAAAAUAGAAACUACAAUUCUAAGAAUGUGAACUUGAGUGUGUGAGCGUAUAAUGUGAGUGCGUGUCUAACUCUACACAUAUAUAAACCAAGGUUAUUUUUAUUGUAUCAAGAACAUCCCAGUGAAUGUGUCUUCGAAAAAUCUUCUAACAGCUUUUAAAAGAAGCAUUUUUUCUAUCUAUAUCAAUGUAUGGACAUUUUAUAGACAUUUACGGUUUUAUGGAAUGUUGCGAUCAAUGUAUGUAGAACUCUUAUGGAAUCUAGCGAUCAAUCUAUGUAGAACUCUUAAGGAAUGUAGCGAUCAAUGUAUGUAGAACUCUUAAGGAAUGUAGCGAUCAAUGUAUGUAGAACUCUUAAGGAAUGUAGCGAUUAAUGUAUGUAGAACUCUUAUGGAAUGUAGCGGUCAAUGUAUGUAGAACUCUUUUAUGGAAUGUAGCGAUCUAUGUAUGUAGAACUCUUAAGGAAUGUAGCGAUCUAUGUAUGUAGAACUCUUAAGGAAUGUAGCGAUCAGUGGAUGUAGAACUCUUAUGGAAUGUAGCGAUCAAUGGAUGUAGGACUCUUAUGGAAUGUAGCGAUCAAUGGAUGUAGGACUCUUAUGGAAUGUAGCGAUCAGUGGAUGUAGAACUCUGCUCUAUUCCUUAUGUCAAGGGUAGGCACCAGAUGUUGUGGAAUGCAUCUCCCCUGACGUUUUGCCUUCAUUAUAGCUGUAAGAGCAUUAUGGGGGAUGUAGUCCACAACAGCUGGAGUGCUUUACAAUGCAUGAGGACAUCAAACAUCAAAAAAGUCCAACUCGGUUAUGAAUGCUGUCAGGGUAACAGUCACUGGAUGUAUCUGUGAAAGGGGAGCCAAACAAUAGGGAUACUGCAUAGAUAAGUGUAUAGCUCAUACCUCUGAAGUCUUACUGCUCAAUUCUCUGCCAUUUAUGAGUUAAAUCACUUUUCUUCCUGGCCAUACAGCACCAGACAUGCCUCCCCUGGCUGUGACUGACACAGCCUGCCCGGAAUAAAAAUGGUUUCAUUUUCAAUCACAUGUUAACUUGCUUUAUACGUUUAUCUCUUGCUCUGUAAACUAAUCACACAUAGAAGACUCCUGCAAGAUAGAAGAAAUUCCAAAUUAAACAAUGUGCAAUGAAGGAAGUUUAAACAUUAGAUAUUUCUUUACAGGAAGAGUUUGGGAAGGGUGUGCUCAUUACAUGCAGGGAGGUGUGACUAGAGCUGUAUAUACAAAGUUAUUUAACUCCUAAAUGGCAGAUAAUUGAGCAGUGAGACUGCAGGGGCAUGAUCUAUACACCAAAACUGCUUCAUUAGGCUAUAGCUGUUUUGGUGACUAUAGUGUCCCUUUAAAAUAAAGUCGUCCCGGUGCUUACAGAGUCGUUUUAAGCCCAGAAACAACAUUGACUUUGCCAGGGACAAUGUGCAUCAAUAGAGUUCUGUAUAAUGUAAUAUGCGCUCGAUGUUUUAGUGGUUAAUCUCCCUGAUCUUUCUAAUCUAUUCUUUCCAGAACUGCUUGGAAAUAUUGUGCAACCAUUUUGGCUUUGAGCCAGAAAGACGAGAUAACUGCAACCGCACCGCUCAUGAUGUGGCAACAGAUGACUGCAAACAGCUCUUGGAGAGCAUCAGUGAGUUAAUUUCACUUCUCAUUCAGAAAGUCAAUCCUGCAGGUUUGUAGUUAAGCAAUGAGAGCUUAAAUAGCUUGGUAAAAUAGGACUGGCCUUCAAGAAAAGAAUUGUCAUGUUCCAUAUCGUUUAUCUGUGAUCUGUGAUUGCUUGCAGCCUUAGGAGGAAAAAAAAUGUUCUACCGGCUUUGUGAAUCUGCGAUGCCUGUAAGAAUGUAAUCACUACAAAUGUCAUCAGGCUUUCCUUAUUUAUCUCUCUAACAUUUAUAGUUUAUAACAGUGCAUGCAUGUAUAUCUGUCUCACAAAAUGGCAAUUUAUUCAGCAGCAUUGGUUGAACCUGAAAUUGCCACAGCUGGCUCAUUGUAGUGUGAGCUGCAGUCCAUAUCAGAUAGUAAUGGAAUGGCUCCUCUCCCUUUCAAAAUAGUCGCUUAUCUUAUUCAUUCUAUCUGAAUGUUAGAAAUUUGGUGCCCUCCCCCCCCCCCUUCUCUCCCACCCCACCGUUGCAUGAUUGUGGAGGGGGCUAAUAAAUUGCACUACUGAUGAUUUGUUAGGUGUGUCUGUGAUCAUAAAUGUAAGAUUGAGAAAAAUAUCAGCUCACUAGUGAUUAUAUUUCAUGCGUCGUUGUACACCGCAAAGAUACUGUUUAUGUAAAAGGGCCACAUAUUUAUUUUUUUAUGGGAUAGAUGAAGCAAAUCGCAUGCUUCAUUGCAUGUUUUUUUGCGUCUCUGAUCACAAAGUAUCUGUUGCAAAAAAUAUUCCUCUUCCCUGACAAACCAAUGAAAAUGACCUAUACCCACCUUCUUCACAUCUGAUCAAUGGAAAGGUGGUAGGUGCAUAAGAAAAAUUAAAGGCUUACUCUCCAUUGGCUGUCUGAAACCAAAAUGCUUUGCGUGCUGGUAAAGAUGUCAGUUUUGCACAACUCUUGUUCCGGUCUUGCUAAUGACUCCUGAUGUCACAGCUAGAGAUCGAGUUAACCCGGCAACAGACAGGAUAAUCUCAGUGCGCGCAGUGUUUCAUAGCAAAACGUUGCACAUAUAGACUACAGGCACCAUGACCACUUCACAUCACUGAACAGAUCAUGGUGCUUGCAGUAACUCUUAAGACCAUAAAAGAACAUCUGAAGUUACCUAAGUCCAGUGCUGUUCCCCAAAGCCUGUAUCUUCUGCCGGUGGAAAAGGGACCUUAGUUUGUGAUGCAGAAAAGAAACAGCCACACACAUAAAUUAUCCAGCAUGGUUAAAGAUGAACGGUUCUAAAACGCCCUUGGACAUUUAAAUUCACCCAGUCACCAUUCAUCACUCCCUAAACUAUACAGGGUCAGCUAUGCGGAUUGCUUAGUGUGUUUUACCGUCCAAGUGGGGUGCAGUAAUAAAAUAUUAAAGUGUUAUUGGGGGGCUUGUAAUUUUUGCACAGUUAUGUUUGGUGGUUUUUAAGUAAAUGCUGUAUUCACUUUCGGGAAAGUUAUUAAUUUAAAAUAUCACAAUAAGGCUCUGUGUGUCCUGUUCCUGCAUUUUGUUUUUAGUCAUUAUUUUACAGAAUGCAUGAUCUGUAAGUAAUAGGACUGCGCAGUCGGGAAAUGAACAUUAUAGUCAUUCUUGCAUGCAAAUAACAACUUAGAAAAUUAGUCAUCUUUUUGCAGAGGUUGAAAAGAAAAUACAUCUUUCACAGAGAAAAACAAAACAAAAUUCAGUUCUCCUUCAUGAAUGUUACCUGGGGUUAAAUUACUUUUUUUGACUAUGUAUAGGGGUUCUAAGCAUUCAUUUAAAAAUCAUUAUAGUACCAGCAAUGCAAUGAGCGAGGAAAGAAUGUAUGAUCCUGUUUACACACAGUAUAAAAACAGCUUUUUAUUUAAUAGAUUCGCUGCGGAUCCCUGUGAGAAUUUCGCUUGAGGAACAUCUCCAGGUCUGCUAUAGCACAAUUGACUAUGAAAGUCAAGAAAUUUGCUCCAUUCGCAUCCAUAGACAGACAACAUGGGAUGACUUCUCAAAGGCUGUGAGCCGAGCGGUAAUGGAACAUUUUGCGACUGUUAUGUCGGACGGAUGGGAGAUUCGAGAAGACAUAACAUUGAAUAACACUGGCGAAUUCUGCAUUGGGUUUGGCGCGCCUUGUGACCUGUCAUUCAAAUUAGGUAUUCCAAAUCUUCAUAUCUUGAGCUAUUUGUAGUUAUUCAUUAAUUCAGUAAUAAUCAUUAGUUCAGAAAUUGCGGAGAAUAAACAAGGGCAUAUUUCUUUUAUUUUCAUACUUCUUCAAAACGAUUUUUCAAGCUACCGGUAAGUUAUUUUGGCUUAACAAUCGUGGUUUCCUUGUUUAUUCUAUGCAAUAUCCAGGGACAUGAAGACAUUUCUAGUUUUCUAUUUCUCAACUGCUUGCUUUUUAUGUAGAGGGAAUUAAAAAACUCUUUAUGGACACUUAAAGGAACACUAUAGUCACCCAGACCACGUCAUCCCAAUUAUUAUUAUUAUUGCUGGUAUUUAUAUAGCGUCAACUAAUUCCGCAGCGCUUUACAAUAUUAUGAAAGGGGAAGAAAUUUACAAUACAUGAGACAAUUACACAGUGACCCAGGAACAAUAGGUUUAUGGGGAUCCUGCUCAAACAAGCUUACAGUCUAGAUGAGGUGGGGUACAAAUACACAACAGGGCAGCAAAGGUGACAGCCACCAAACAAGGUGGAAAAGUAGCAGAACUGGAGGAGAGAGUGGAGUAUGGCUCAUUAGGAGAGCAAGAGACAGACUUGGGUAAGUAUAGAUAAGUUACUCUGGGAGUCCAUAAGCAUUUCUGAAUAGAUGUGUUUUGAGGGACUUCUUAAACAAUUAAAUACUAGGGGAGAGUCUGAUGGGGGUAGGCAGGCUGUUCCAAAGAAGGGAGCUGUCCGGGAGAAGUCCUGCAAGCGCGAGUUCGCAUUAGGGGUGUGAGCAGCGGAUAGGAGAAGGUCACCGGCAGAGCGGAGAGAGACCGAGAAGGGGAUAUCUAUGAAUCAGGAAAGAAAUGUAAGAGGGGCUAGAUUUGGUUAGAGCUUUAUAGGUAAGGGUUAGUAUUUUGAAUUGACACCUAUAGGAUACAGGGAGCCAGUGUAAGGAUCGACAGAGGGACGAGGUAUGGGAGGAACGACGGGUGCGAAAGAUCAGCCUGUCGGCAGCAUUCAUUACCAAUUGUAGCGGAGCAGUUGGGCUUUUGGGGAGACCAACUAAGAGAGAAUUACAGUAAUCCAUGCGAGAGAUUACCAGAGCAUGAACAAGCUCCUUGGCAGCAUAUUGCGGUUUGGGUGUAGUGGGGCUGUCCUUUUGAAAUAGCAAUGUUUACAUUGCCAGGUUACAUCCACCCCUAGUGGCUGUGAGUAUAAAGAUGCUUCUGUGCACUGGCCAAUUAAUACUGAGUCACAUGCCACAGAAGCCCAUAGGAAAGCAUGCAAAUUAGGUCCCCAGUGUUCCAAUAUAAGGAGCAUUGGAUUGGACCAUUUCGGAGAAGGCCAUGCCCUCACCUUGAUGUCUAAGGAAGGGGAGAUGUGAGCAGCGCCAAGGGAGUCUGGGCACUGGAAAAGGGUAAAUAAAACUUAAAAUUUUAUGGCAAAUGCGGGUGGAAAGGACCGAUAUCUAAUUAGGAACUAGGACACUAUAGCGUUAGAAAUACAGUUUUCUAUUACUAACUCUCUAGUGUUCCAUUAACAAUGAUAACCAGAUAGUCACAUUCCACCUUGAUCUUGACGUAAGUGGGUAGUUCAGCAUUAUAUACAAGCGUUCAAGAUUAAAAAAAAGGUUUCAAAAUCUGUGAUCUGUAGUAAUCCCACACAGGUGACCUUUCAGUAGGAAAUGCCAGCACGAUGCGAGAUGUUCCAAUAACACAGCCAUUGUUCUGUCCAUUUAAUGAAGACACAAAGUGGGAUUGUCAGUAAAUGAUUUUCCACACUGUCAAGGUUGUUUAAAUCUGCGCUAUGUUGGAGACUUUUGAGAGUGACAUCAUAGAAUUUUUUUUAAAGCAAUACAGUCACAUCUCAUGUUUUUUUCUAACCGGCUCAGUUAUCCUAUAUUUAUUUAUUUAUUUUUUUAAAUAUUUUUUUGUGAUAUCUGAAAUCAUAAUGAAAUGUCGAAAUCCACUCCUGUGUCCCAAAACAGGAUGAAUUCCAUUUGGGCUUCCUGUUGAUCAUUGUUAUAACGCCUACCCUUUGCACCUUCAGCUAGCAAAGACAGGAGAGGAGAAACAUUUACAGAGUUAUUUACUAAUGUGAGAAUUCAAAGUGAAUUGCAAAUUUCAGGCUAUAGCAGUUGAAUAGAAAACAUAGCUGACUUAGAGAAUUUUUCUAAUUCGGCUACUCUGACCUUGAAUUCUCACUUUGGUGAAUAGCUUUGUAACAGUGAUUCUAUUUGCCUUCCUCCCGUGCAUUCUGUUCCUUGGCUGCAAUAUCCGUUACUGAAUCUCUAAUAUGCCCGUACAUGUUAAAGACAAUAGAGCAUCAAAUGGGAAAAAAAACAUUAAAAUAAGUUAUUGGUGCUUUUCCAUGGUGUACAUAGUUACAUAAGCUGAAAAGAGACAUGUGUCCAAUCAAAUUCAGCCUUCCUCACAUUUGGUUUUUGCUGUUGAUCCAAAAGAAGUCAAAAACCCCAGUUUGAAGCACUUCCAAUUUUGCAACAAACUAGGGUUAUAAAAUUUCCUCUUGACCCCAGAAUGGCAGUCAGAUUUAUCCUUUGAUCAAGCAGUUAUUACCCUACAUUGAAAGAUUAUAUCCUUGAAUAUUCUGUUUUUGCAAGUAUGCAUCUAGUUGCUGUUUAAACAUCUGUACGGACUCUGAUAAAACCACUUCUUCAGACAGAGAAUUCCACAUUCUUAUUGUUCUUACUGUAAAAAAAACUUUAAUUUGCUUUAGACUAAAUCUCCUUUCUUCCAGUCUAAACUCAUGACCUCGUAUCCUAUGUAUAGUCCGGUUUGUGAAUAGAUUUUACGCAAUGGUUUGUAUUGGCCCCGGAUAUAUUUGUAUAAUGUAUUUGUACAAUGCUAAUGUUUUUCUAAACUAAAGAGGUUUAAAUUUGUUAACCUUUCUUCGUAGCUAAAAUGUUCCAUUCAUUUUGUAGCCUCCUCUCUGCACUCUUUCUAGUCCCAUAAUAUCCUUCUUUAGAACAGGUGCCAAAAAUUCCACAGCCUACUCAAGAUGUGGUCUUAUCAGAGAUUUAUAUUCAGAAAAGCAGUGGUUCCCCAUGAAACCACAUAUUUUAUAAUUUGAAUAUACGUACUAUUUAGUUAGGCCAUUUAAAAUACUUUUCUAUUUAUUAUUCUGUCUGUAUCCUGACUGCGUGUUCCUUCAUACUUAAUAAUAAAAAAUGAUUCCUUACUUCACACAGUGCAUAUUGAUUGGCGACCUUCGCAGCGAAGUACCCUAGCAACAAAGAUUUUUUUUUUUUAAUGUUUAUACGUCAAUUGCUAUUUAGGCCACAGAGGAGCCUUAUUUCAUUAUAUAUUCUCUUUAAGAUGUCUAACUUUCGCUAUUCGAGAAUAUCCAUCUAAGGUUCUCGAUGUGCAUCUCUCCCGUGAGCUAUUAAAAUCUGGGAAUCUGAUUAAAUGUUAUUUGCUUGAUGUAUUCUUUAGAUUGGUAACCGUUCAGUUACUUUUGUGAGUAAAGUAAUAAUAAUAAUCGUAUGCCCUCGCAAGCGCCGUACAGUGGAAUUCUCCUGGGGUAAAAGGGCAAAUGCCACAGUAUGAAGCAUUUAAAAUGUGAUUAUUUUUUUUUAAAGCAAUCGUAAAUGCUUUAUUUUUAUAAAAUAUAAUUUUACACUAAACAUUAACAUGACUAUAACUAAAAUGUAAACUAAUGAAUACAGGCUGAUAAAUCAGUAGGUGUAAUCACGAAGGACAGAGUUAAAAUGAAAAGGAAAUGGAAAAAAAUUUAAAGAAACAUUAGAGGAAGACUGUAUCACAAUAUGACGAUCACAAAUACAUCUUUAAAUAUGUCAAGUGAGCUUUAAUCUCUUGUCUAACAUUUUUCCCUAUCCACCUACCAACUAUAUCCCCUAUCCACAGUUAAUAAACAUAGUCAUUUUUAAUUACCUAUAAUACAAAAUAUAUUUUGUGUGCUAUAUAUGGAAUCUCAUUAGCGCCACCGUGAUCUAAAGAGGCUUUUGCACAUAUUGUAACCAAAAUUAACAUUUUUGAUUUGCAAUAUAUUGCCUAAUUUCAUAAUAUUUUUGUUGCAGGAAACAAUAACCAUUUUAUAUUUUCUGUGCAUCCUCCUGCGGUUUAUGUAGCCUGGACGAUUAAUUAAUUCUUUGUAUACUAGUGAUAACUUGUUAAAACUUUAUUCGUAGGAAAUACAUCCUGGUCCAUUGGUCAGAUUUUUCUUCAAGCACCAUGGGAAUUCGUGAAGAUGAGCAAGGUGGAAUAUAUCACCGUUUUAAUUCCCGGUACGUUUAAAUGUGAUUGUGUAAAUAUAAUUCCUUAUUGUAUUCUUUGGUUUUGCAAAGCUGGGAUUUUUGCAAUUACACCGAUCUUCUGAAUAUUUAGUGCAUCAUUGUGUCCAUAUUUUAUCGAGAAUCUUUGAUUUAUAUGUUUUAACGUAUAAAUUAAAGUCUGAACGCCCCAACUUUGCAGGUGUGAUAUUUCUAGACCUACGGACAGUUAGAGCUGUAGCUGCUGAUUAAGAUCUCGUUUGCCUCUGAGGGGAGUUGUUAUCUGUGCGUCUGUUAGUCUGGUGUUUUAGAAUGUAGCCCAACUACCUAGUUAUGAGACGGGGUUAACUUUCCCAUGAGAAUACACAGAUACUUUUUGAAAACUUCUAAACACAGAUGAAAUUCAGUAUCCAUGUAAUAUUUUGUAUUUGCUUUAGGUAAAUGUAUAACCGGACUAUAAGAGCAUAUAGUCCCUAAAAUGUUCAAACCAUUUGUAAAUUUUAUAUUUCCAUAGAGUAUCAUCAGAUCUGUCCAACCUUGUAGGCAAAGAGAAUGGUUUUCCAAGACCUCAAUAAAUUCUUAUUUAAACCAUCUGACCGUCGGUCUAAUAGUUCAAUAUUUAAUGGACGCUCUAGGUACUGUCCCAUGGCAGUCCUUGGCCACCAAUAGUCUAGUCCCCACUGGAGUAAUGGCUAAGGCAGAAGUUAUACACUUCCAUCUAGCCACGCCAAGUCAUCCCAGCAAUGGCACAUGAUGUUGAUGUUGUUGUGUGUGUUGAUAAAGGCUCCACUGUGGGCCAAAAAUGUGAUACAUUUUUUUUUUUUUUUUUUUUUGCUUUACUCAAAAUAUUGCUGUGCUGAAUAUAAAAAAGUUAGAAAUACUGGUUUUAAAAAUAUCUUUGGUGUGAGGUGAAACGAGGGUGAGCGGGGGAUCACAGUAGGACAUCAAUCAAACACAGCCAAGAUCCCAUAUCCCUCUGUGUUAAGGUUGCUUUGACGUAGUAGCACAGGAAGAUAUUACCCCCAAUAUGUAUUUACAUUGAAAUUCUAAGCGUGGGUUGUUCAGAAUAAUUAAGAUUUAUUAAACUAUUCUAGCCUAUCACAUAUUUCUCUGGGUGCAAAAUGAGCAAAGACUGCACUUAGAAGGGAUUAAAACAUUUUGCUUCAGCAAAACGAAUUUGGUUUGUCACACCUCCCAUCAAUUUAAAGCCCAAUCUGCUAUCAAAGUCUUUUCACGGAGCCGUGCCUUUGUGUCUCUAGUAAACCUUUUUAUCGCUCGUCUAAUCUUAAUAAUUCUUCUUCUUUUGCCAUUUCAAUUAAAGUCCUACUGACUGGCGUGUAGCCACCUGCUGUUUUCUCAAAGUUAGUUUACAUUUACAGAUCAUUCUCUAUUAAAUACUGCAUGGGCUCCCGGUUAAAUGGCUCAUUUUACGGUAUAACAACAAACGAUCAGUGGGGACUGGUGCCUUUAGUGUUUUAACGGACAUGUGCUUUCAAGUAUAUAUCCAUUUCCUUUUACUAUAUGCACACUGUUAUGAAAGAUAAAUCAUUUACUCCAGUGAAAGGGAAGGUUAAUUCUUAUCAAGGAUUUCAGCCUAUGAGAGCAGAGCUAUAUACAGCUUUAUCACGCAUUAAGCAUUGGAUUCAUUUUGAAUGGAAUACAGACAUGUUUUUACUGAAUGUAAAGCUCUUACCAGGUCACGGUCACGUAAUAAAUGUACUUUCUGCACGAGAAUUCAUUUUAUUUCCGUCCACGAGCGUUGGGUGUUUUUGUUCUCAUGCUGGUAGCUUUGCUUCCUAUCUAAAUGUAUAUUGUGCUGGCUGCUUUGCGAUAUGUGUGCUAUUUCUGACAUACAUAUAUUUCACCCAUCCAGGUCCAAAAGACGGCUGCCUUAAUGGUGUGGCUUACGCAUCUGUGAUCCCCAUCCAUAUAUUGCAAAAUUUCCUCCGGCUGGUAUGUUAAGAAUAAACGGCAAUGUGGGCAUCCUGCUGCGGUUGUGUGUUUCUGUACAUAUAAUCAAUGUGGAUUUUGUAUUGCUUUAGAGAGACUAGAUUUUAUCUAUUCAGACACAAACUGAGCUUGUAGGGAAGCUCUCUGGAGAAAAUAAAAAGCAUUUUGCUUCCACGUUUUUGGGUUUAUUUACUAAACAGUUAAUUGUGGCCAAUUGUAAACAAAACUGCAAAUGUUAGCCAAAAAAUGCAGUUUUUGUUAUCUAUUUUAGUUUUCUGACUUGAUUAUUUUUCCUUGACUUUUAAAUUACAUUUUAUAUUUGCAUGUAUUCACAGUUUAGUAAAUAAGCCCUAUCCAGGGCCGGCCCAAGACAUUGUGCUGCCUGGGUCCAAGGAUGAAAUGCUGCCUCCCCCCGCCCAACCUAUAUGCAUCUGCAAUGGUAGUGUGCCUAUGUGUCUAUGUGUGUGCUGGGGCUGAAUAGUGUGUCUUUGUGUGCUAGGGGUGUAGUGUGUGUCUGUGUGUGUGUGCUGGGGAUGUAGUGUGUGUCUGUGUGUGUGUGCUGGGGAUGUAGUGUGUGUCUGUGUGUGUGUGCUGGGGAUGUAGUGUGUGUCUGUGUGUGCACUGCAGCAAAUAUACUUACCUAUACACUGUGUCUGUAUCUGUGUGUCUGUGUCUGCAUGUAUGGCAGUGUUUGUAUCUGUGUGUCUGUAUAUGUCAGUGUCUGUAUCUUUAUAUCUGCAUGUGUAUCAGUGUAUCUGUGCAACUGUAUGUGUACCAGUAUGUGUAUCAAUCACUGACACAGAUACACACUGACACGCAUACAGAUGUAGACACAUUGAUAUGCAUGCAGAAACAGAUAUACAGACUCACACACUGACACAUGCAGAUACAACCACUAACACAUAUGCAGAAACAUACAUACAGAUACAGACAUGCACACUGACAGAUACACACUACACACACACACACACACACACAUGCACUACACACACAUACACAGAUACACACUACACACUCUACACAGAUGCACAUACACACAUGUACAAAGUACACACAUACACACACAUCUACACAGCCACAGAUACGCACACUACACACAGAUACACACACACACACACACACACACACUACACAUCACACAGACACACACACAGAUACACCCACACACUACACACAGGUACAAACACAUACACACAUACAUUCACUACAGACACAUAUACACUACACAUAGAUACACACAAAAUACACACAUACACUGACACACACUACCCUCCGGUUUCCUACCAACUGCUGGCAGUGGUUGAUGGGAGUUGGGGGCCUGCUCUCCCGAUCCGGCCCCAUCCUCGCUGACACUUCCUCCUAGCUCUUCUGCAGUUAUGAAGGGGCCAGGUCGCACUGUUAAAGCGCUGCAGCACAUGACCAGGCCCAUCUUUGCACAUGUCCAUCAGGUGGUCCUAAGGGCAUGGGACUGAUGGACCCUUACACAGGUUCCCAACCCGUGCGGUGCAACUGAAACUCAUGUUUUAGAUGAUGACAGAGGUGGCAGAGUGCCGUCUGGAACCAUGGCUCCACAGCGUUCUAUGGACGGGCUGGCCCUGGCCUUAUCGUAUGUGGUAUUUAGUAUCUGUUUGUGUCCAUUUUGUUAUUUAACAGACUGAUUCAUUCCAUAUAAAAAAAUACAUAUUAUGCUGUUAUUUUUCAAAUUUUUUAAUUAUGUUUAUCAAUUUAAAAUAGAAAAAGUCUAGAAAAUGUAUCUUUAAAGGAACACUAUAGUCACCUAAAUUACUUUAGCUAAAUAAAGCAGUUUUAGUGUAUAGAUCAUUCCCCUGCAAUUUCACUGCUUAAUUCACUGUCAUUUAGAAAUUAAAUCACUUUGUUUCUGUUUAUGCAGCCCUCGCCACACCUCUCCUGGUUAUGAUUGACAGAGCCUGCAUGAAAAAAAAAACUGGUUUCACUUUCAAACAGAUUUAAUUUACCUUAAAUAAUUGCAGGGUCUAUUAAGCUAUUAACAUAGCACGGGAUAAGAAAAUCAGAACUUGCAAUAAAGAAAGCCUAAAUAGGGCUCUCUUUACAGGAAGUGUUUAUGGAAGGCUGUGCAAGUCACAUGCAGGGAGGUGUGGCUAGGGUUCAUAAACAAAGGGUUUUAACUCCUAAAUGGCAUAGGAUUGAGCAGUGAGGCUGCAGGGGCAUGUUCUAUACACAAAAACUGCUUCAUUAAGCUAAAGUUGUUCAGAUGACUAUAGUGUCCCUUUAAGGAGACUGCAGAAGUAGAAGCCAUGGGGAAAAGAUCCCCUGUUAUCAAUCAGUUCACACUGCAGAGUUAUUGCAGAAUAUAUCUCUGCCAACAGUGCAUUGUGUGCCUUGUCUGUGCCAGACCUGAACUAGUUUGUAAUCUCAAUUGAUAAAUCUUUAAUAUACAUUAAAAAGAAUACAGAGCUUCUCAUGAAACAAAAGGGUUAACAUUAGUUAUCUGAGAUUUUCAAUGUUGUAUUUUCCGGAGAAGUGAAAUUGAAUAUGUGAUUGCAUAGUUAAGAUGCGCUUUGAAAAUAACAGAAGUUUUUUUGUUUUUUGUAUUCCAAUGACUUUGUACCAGAUUUGAACUUUACAUGAGUUCUUCAAGUCGAUAGGAGUGAGCUGUUCUCUGCUUACUUUAUAAUUAGGCACUGUAACCAUUCAUUGAUGUCAGAACUCAGUGGGACAUAAUACCAGCUGUGCCCUUUCUCCAUGACAGUAUAAAUAUGUGGCUAAAAAUAUUAGUUCUCUUAGUGUCUUUUAUUCCUAGUACAUAAUGGCGGCUUUUUACUCUACAGACGUGAUGUUCUUCUGUGCUUAUAAAAAUCACGCACUGCAGGUCCCAGAAAGCUUUCACAAAAGUUAAAAGCAAUUUUUCUUUCAAACCAGCCAAUUAAAUGCAAUGUAUAGGCAGUCGGGUAUACCUAAUUAAUAAUACAUUCAUUCUAAUAAAAUCUGGUAUUAGAACAGUAAUACAUUAUAGCACACUAUAAAUAAAUAUUUCAGCGUGUAAUAAAAGAAUAAAACCAAUAAACGCUUAUCUAAAUCACGGGGAUUCAGGCACGCAACAGAGAGGUUGUAUAUAAAUGGCUUUUAUAUGAAUUGGCACUCUGAGACAAAUUUAAUCAUGUACAAAUGACGGGCUUCCCUGCUAUGCAUUGUAUAUCUGCAAAGACCCCGGCAUUAAUGAGAAAGCAUUUAAGAAUGAGAGCUUCUGGGAUACAGUAAUGGCAGCUUCCGGUCUACUUUAUUAUUGAGAAACCCAUGGCCAAUAACAUAAGCAAGUUUCAGAACAUACUGUAUAAGAAAUCACGUGAUCUAACUACAUUAUUCAUAAACUGGCUACUGUUUAAUUUAGGUGUGUAGUUUUCCAUAAAUAUUAAUGAUGACUAGUGAUGUGCCGAACGGUUCGCCGAACGGUUCGCCGCGGACGGCGAACAUAUGCGGUAAACUUUGACCCUGUACCUCACAGUCAGCAGACACAUUCCAGCCAAUCAGCAGCAGACCCUCCCUCCCAGAUCCUCCCACCUCUUGGACAGCAUCCAUUUUACAUUCAUUGUGAAGCUGCAUUCUUAGUGAGCUGUCCAGGAGGUGGGAGGGUCUGGGAGGGAGGGUCUGCUGCUGAUUACCUGGAAUGUGUCUGCUGACUGUGAGGUAGAGGGUCAAAGUUUACCGCAUAUGUUCGCCGUCCUCGGCGAACCGUUCGGGACAUCACUAAUGAUGACCUCUUUUUAAUUUGUUUGAAUCUGCAUCAGAAAUGAAGACAAUCCGUUUAAUAGACUUUUCAAAUGAUUUAUCUAAUUUAAUUCGUUGAUGGUCUAACCUACCUGGGCUCGCAGGUCUAUGAUCGACAUAUGAGGUCCUCUAUUUCUUUUACCAAUUGGAUAGCACUGUGGUAGUUGAAGAGCUUUCCAGUCUAAAAUAAUAGAGAUAAUUUGAAUUUUGAAUUUGCAUUGUAUGCCAGGCUGUGCCAGGAUAGCCUUAUAUUUGAAGGCAAUCUGAAAUAAAUACUAAUAAUUAUUUUUUUUAAACAAGUUAGAAGUGCAAUUAUUGCUAAUAUUUAAAUGAUCUUUUUAAACAUGGAAUGUAACCCACAUAGAUAUAUGGUUUAUAAUCAAUGUUUAAAUAUGUAAUUCUGUCUUGUGUAGGUGCUCCAGGAGAUACUUGAAAACAAGAGCCAGGAAAUGUAUUCUUACUGACAAAACAAUAUCAUUAAUAAAUAUCAUAGCGCAGUAUUCAAUUUACUGUAACGCAUUACACGAUACUGCUACCUAGUGUUCACAUAUAAAAACUGCAACUCACUGUAUGUAUAUAUUACAGCUACAUUUAGGAAUCUUGACGUGACCUUGACAAAUACUAGACUUUAUUGUAAUUAUUAUUGGUAUUUAUAUAGCACCAACAUACAGUGAGGGAAAAAAAGGUUUUUGAUCUCCUGCUGAUUUUGAACGUUUGUCCACUGACCAAGAAAUGAUCAGUCUAUAAUUUUAAUGGUAGGUGUAUUUUAACAGUUAGAGAAUAACAAAAAAAACAAAUCCAGAAAACGCAUAUCAAAAAAGGUUAUAAAUUGAUUUUUAUCAAUCAGCAAGAUUUCUGGCUCCCAGGUGUCUUUUAUACAGGUAACGAUCUGAGAUUAGGAGCACUCUCUUAAAGGGAGUGCUCCUAAUCUCAGCUAGUUACCUGUAUAAAAGACACCUGUCCACAGAAGUAAUCAAUCAGAUUCCAAUCUUUCCACCAUGGCCAAGACCAAAGAGCUGUCCAAGGAUGUCAGGGACAAGAUUCCAGACCCAAACAAUGAUGGAAUGGGCUACAAGACUAUCGCCAAGUAGCUUGGUGAGAAAGUGACAACAGUUGGUGCGAUUAUUCGCAAAUGGAAGAAACACAAAAUAACUGUCAGUCUCCCUCGGUCUGGGGCUCCAUGCAAGAUCUCACCUCGUGGAGUUUCAAUGAUCACAAGAACAGUAAGGAAUCAGCCCAGAACUACACGGGAGGUUCUUGUUCAUGAUCUCUACGCAGCUAGGACCAUAGUCACCAAGAAAACAAUUGGUAACACACUAUGCCAUGAAGGACUGAAAUCCUGCAGCGCCCACAAGGUCCCCCUGCUCAAGAAAGCACAUGUACAGGCCCAUCUGAAGUUUGCCAAUGAACAUAUGAGUGAUUCAAAGGAGAACUGGUUGAAAGUGUUGUAGUCAGAUGAGUCGAAAAUCGAGCUCUUUGGCAUCAACUCAACUCGCCAUGUUUGGAGGAGGAGGAAUGCUGCCUAUGACCCCAAAAACACCAUCUCCACCAUUAAACAUGGAGGUGGAAACAUUAUGCUUUGGGUGUGUAUUUCUGCCAAGGGGACAGGGCAACUGCACCGCAUCAAAGGGAGAAUGUAAAGUGGCAAUUACUGUCAAAUCUUGGUGAGCACCUCCUUCCAGCAUGACAAUGACCCAAAACACACAGCAAGGCAAGAAAGGAGUGGCUCAAGAAGAAGUACAUUAAGGUCCUGAAGUGGCCUAGCCAAUCUCCAGACCUUAAUCCCAUAGAAAAUCUGUGGAGGGAGCUGAAGGUUCGAGUUGCCAAAUGUCAGCCUCGAAACCUUAAUGACUUGGAGAGGAUCUGCAAAGAGGAGUGGGACAAAAUCCCUCCUGAGAGGUGUGCAAACCUGGUGGCCAACUAAAAGAAACUUUUGACCUUUGUGAUUGCCAACAAGGGUUUUGCCACUAAGUACUAAUUCGAAGGGGUCGAAUACUUUUUUCCCUCACUGUAUUCUGUAGCACUUUACAAUAAGCUAAUCCAAACACUAAUAGGACUUAUUAGUGUAGAAAGUAUUUGCAAAAAAAUACAUUUCUUUGUUUUUUUUCAAGCUAUACCUCCUAAAAUAUAACUUGGCUUUUAAACAGGUCGAACAAUAUCACAAUGUGAUUUUCCAAGGGCCAGAAGGAAGCUUCCAGGAAUAUAUUGUACAACAGCUGGGGCACUAUAUGAAGGUAAUCUGCAGUAUGAAGAAUUGGGCUCACCGGGGAAUCUGCAGGCCUGAAGCUGUUUAAUAUGUUCCCUUUUUAUUGUAACAGCAAAAGGAAGAGGCUGCAGGAUUUUCAUGUGAUAUCGUAAAGAUCGAAGUGGAACCUGAGUUAACCAAAGAACAGCUCGUGGAUGUGUUCAUCAACUCGGGUAAGAAAUUAAUUUAAGAGUAAAAAAUCGUGUGAUGUGAACGUAACGGAAUGCCUUUUUAAAAAUCACUGUCUGUUAAUUAAAGGAUUACAGAUUAAUACCGGGGAACGCAUCAUACAAUGGCAUACAAACAAAACUUAUACAUCCACUUCAAUUAUUGCUUUGUGUACCAGUAGUAAAAUUGAUUUAAAAAACACUUUCUGAAGUGGAUAUGGUGCCAGGAGUGCCACAGUAAACUUUUUGUCCAUUGACCUCGUGUCUGCCAGUUCACAGCCUCCUGUGAGGAGCUUCUGUUGGUUCCACAGACCUAAGCCUGGCUGUGCAGGGUUGACUUAUUAUCUGAACGUGUCAGCUGAUCACUCUCAGCCAAUGAGAAGUCUGAAGCAACCAGUAGCCAGCAGACUUGGGUAGUUUGUCAAACCAUUCACAAAUGGUUUGACUACUUACAUAUUAAAGUAUCAUGCUACUCUUGGCACCAUAAUCACUACAGUGGGCUGUAGUAGAUAUGGUGCUUGGAAAGUUCCUUUAAAAUGUGUAUGUAGUCAACCAAUAAGAAGACAGAUUCUGGAAAAUGUACUGUACCCUAUAUUUAACAUAGGUAUGUUUGUGACGGCUGAAUUAAAUACAUGUUGAAUUCUACUUCAUGUUUCCCGUCACCACUUUCAUGUCGAAUUUUGGCUCCCUGCUAAUCCCUGCUCUAAGCGCUGCAGUUUGCACCUGUCAGUCAGUGUUCAAUGUUUCUCUAUGCCCUCCUCUAAUACAAUAUGUGCCCUGACUGUGCCAGGACUGAACUGGAUUGUCAUGUCAAUUGUUAAUUCUUUAAUAUACGUUUAGAAGAAAAUGGUGCAUCAGAGGGAUAAAAAAAGAUAGGCGAUUAUGAAUGGUUUAUUGAAUUGAAAUCAUUACGGUUUGAAUUCCUUCAGUGACUUGUGACUUCUAUUUCAGGUUCUUUGAUUUCAGUUAGCGAACCACCUUCAAAGAAGAAAAUCAUUGUUAUUCUGGAACAUUUAGAAAAGUCCUCUGUUUCGGAUUUACUGGGGGACUUAAUGGCUCCUCUGGAUAAUCGAGGUACUGAAACUCCAUACUGUGUUCAGAGAGGUAAGUUAGAGCGGUUUGUUCGAGUUCUUACACAUAGCCACCAGUUAAACAAACCAAUCUUACAUAACUGCUGUUCAGUCAGAUGUGAUGUCCUUAGAAUUCUUUUGUCUCUCCUUUGCUGAUAGCCAAUGGACAGUCGGAUUCCUAUUAUUUUCACGAGAACUGCUUUUUCAUGGGAACUGUUGCCAGAGCUCGUUUGCAAGGGUCGGAGUUGCCUGCUCAGCAGUACUUCCGCUGGGUCCAGCUGAGAUGGGAUGGAGAGCCAAUGCAAAGCGUGCUCCCGAGGUUCUUGAAAAGGAAAGCUGUAUUUAAGGUAGGAUCUUCGCAGUUCAAUUAACACAAACUUAAGAGAUGUCUCACUAACAGUAAACCAGAACUAGAACAUGUAUUUAACAUCUAGAAAAAAAUGGAUUAUGCUACAUUUAUUGCCUGACUUAAAGGGACAUUCAAGCACCAGAAAUACUACAGCUUACUGGAGAGGUAAUGGAGUAAAAAGCCAAGGGGAGCAGUCCCAGAAAAGUGGCUUAGCAAAAAUGAGUCUUGUGACUCCCAAAGCCUGGCCAUUCUCCUACUGACUCGGUAAUGGGGAAUAAUAUCAGAAAAGCUCUUGUCAGUUUGGAAGUGAUGAAGAGAUUAACAGCAACUUGGCAGAGAUAUAUCCUGCUACACCAUACACAUAUUUUCCUAGAUAAUGAGGAUGGGCUGCAAAGGACCAGGUUUACGAUUCCAGUAGAUCGCACUUAAUAGUAUCCUUCUUACACUAUACCCAAUACAAUAAGCUGGAGAACUUUAAGAGUAUUAUGUGUCCCUUUAAGACAGGGUGAAUUGUCUAAUUUUAACUUCUUUUUUUUUUUCCCCCAGCUUAUUUCUUUUUAAUUCAUACCACUCUUUGUCAGCUUUUGGUCAAACUAGCAUUUUGUCUUUUGAUUUCUUUUUAAUGUUUGUGUUCUCUAUAAAAAUUACGUAAAAUAAAGAAUAUAUUCAAUGAUAAUUUCAGAGAAUUUACCAUUACAUUGGAACUAGCAGGUACCCUUUAGAUUUGUAAAUUACUGCAUAAACCAGCUGAGCUAUAAAGGAGCGGAGUUGGAGAUCGUUUUGGUGUCUAUAGUGUCCUUUUAAAUUUAAUAAACUCAGUAAAAUAUGAAAUUAGCUGAGCAAAAUCUGCUCUGUAAACCAGAAAGAAAUACCUAAAAGGCUGACUGAGCAUCUUGGAUAAUAUAGUUCAUUAACAUCCUAGAUUGUAUGAUUACCAUUCACUAUUAUCCCCUGAUCUUAAUCCCAUGAAAUCGUGUAAAAAAAAAAAAAAUAUAUAUAUAUAUAUAUAAUGCAAACUUCAGUUAGUGAUAAUGAUGUGAUGUGUAUGUAGUGUGUUUAAAGUAAAUGUCAGAAUGUGAUUUAAAGCUUCAGGACCUAUCGUUAGUUAAUAAAAUGGUUAUAUAGACCUAUAGCAGUUACUGAUAACAUUCCUUCCACAAAUCAUUCACAUUCUCUUCCCAACAUAUUUAAAUCCUAUAUCAAUAUUUAUGAUCGUAUGUCAAUCAAUAUAUUUAAUUUGUUUAUUUCUAGUUUAAAGGUAAAAUGCCGCCGCCGAGCGACCCGGUCUGUAAGGGCAUAGACUGGGUUAAUGCUGUGUGGUACCAGCUGAACUCCUGCUUGUCACGAUUAGGGACCCCGGAAGCCCUGCUUGGUCCACAGCAAUUCUUGUCAUGUCCCGUGGUUCCAGGAAAUGCACAGAUAAUAGUCAAGUAAGUAGAAAUGGUAAAAAUUGCACCUCCAUUUCCAUCAGCUGACUGAUACAUUUCUGCCUUGGCUAUCCCCACUUUUAUUUUGUGUCAUUCUUCUUUUUACUUUGUUCUCUUGCCGUCCUACCUCCUCUUUCCUAUAAUUUGUAUGUGUUAAAGUGGCAUACUGAUCAGGGAAUCAGGGGGACUAACGGGCUGUAAGGUUAAAGGGUUACUCCAACCAACAGACAGUAUUUUUAUUCUUUUAUUGAAAGACUAGAUUUGGUUGUUGUGACUUUUUAACAUUGGUAAUAGACAAAUUAGUUAGCUAAUGAGCAGAUUUUUAGAUGAUUCAGCUCAUUGCACUUUACAAAUGACCUCCAACAUCCUACCAGCAAAGCUUUGAGCAUCGGUAACAGAUCUAUUUGAAAUCAAAGCUGAAUCCUAGUACAACUAGUUUUGAAUUCAUUUUUGUUUCUGAGGUCCAUAAUUAACAUGUUGUUCUAUAAACUUUAUAUUUAAGGUGGAUGUCCAAAUUGUGGAAUGCAGUCAUUGUUCCCAAAGUCCAAGAAGCCAUCCUUUUCAUAGCUUCAGUCAAGAGGUCUUCUACUCUUGGUCAUAUCACAGCUACCAAAACCCCAAGUCAAGGUCAACAGGCAAUCGUAAAGGCUGCUCUCAGCAUCCUGCUUAAUAAGGCUGUUUUACAUGGCUGCCAUCUCUCCACAAACGGUAACAAUUGAUAAGAAAUUGCUAGGGAUUUAUUAUGUGGAGUACAUUCAAAUUCUUGUGAAUUGACUUUUGUAAAUUCCAGCUCACGAUAUUCCACUACUAGACCCUUGCUAGUGUUAAAUACAAAAGUUAUGUCAGUAUUUUUUUUUUUUGUGGUUUGUUUUUCAUUUUUGUAUGUUAUUUUUUGAUAUUCUAUUAAAGCGUUAGAACCUACAGGGUUGCUCACUGUGUGAAUUGUAUUGUAAUCAUCUAAUUUGACUGGCACUUAUUUGAUCUCCUUACCUUCUAAGAUGAGAGAAGAAGCGACCCCCACCAACUUUACUUAUUUAAUGGAACACUAUAGGCACCCAGACCACUUCAUCCCAAUGUGGCCUGGGUGUCUUGUGCACCUUGUUUUAACCCUGCAGUCAUUCUACAUGAACGCAAUGUGGUUUCUCAACUAUUUCUAUAAUAUGGUGUCAGACAAAACCGCCCUUUAAAAAAUAUAUUAUUAGAGCUAAUACUGGUAUAUCAAUAGUAAAUGUGUAUGUGGAUACACCAGCAUUAUCUCUAAAAGCUUGCACUUAAUAUUUUUAUUUUUAUUUCCAUGUAAUUGUAAUGGUUUUUUUUUGUUUUGUUUUUUAUAAAUACUGAUUAGGUUAGUAUUUUGUAUUACUAACUGUAUUUUUUUAUAUAUUUUAUUGUGGAUUGGGUACUAUUAAUGUAAGAAGGGUAGCAGUUAAUGCAUUCGUUUUUUUUUCGGCCUCUAUCUCUGUUUUAAUGCUUAUGGGUGAAAUUUUACGCAGUGACCAAACCCAAUCCAGUUUUUCGAUGUCGUUAACAGAUUUAGAACAGUACAUUGCUGAUUUUAAAGGAGGACAUGCUCCUAUGUCGAUGAGUUCUACUUAUAAACCCGGAGGAAAGAAAAAAGUGGAGAAUGGUGCGUGGAGAAAAGUGAGCACAAGUCCUCGUAAAAAAUCCAGCCAUCUGACAUCUUGGAGUAAGCCAGAGGAGAAGCAAGAAGGUAACAUUUAUAAGAUGACGAUCAACCUACAUUAUUUAUGCCUGUCAACUAUUCGCUUUAAGCAGCUAUGAGGCUCUUGGGUUACCAAUCUAUGCAGAGGACACCUACUUACUGGGACGUUGCUGGUGGGAUUGCUGCGUAGCAGAUACCAGCUCUGCAGCUGUCCUGAAUCCGAACUUGGCGGUGGCAUUGCUGGGAGCUCUCUGUACAGAUUGCUCACCCACCCUCUACUGAUGCUGCGAGACAGGGUGUGAUUCCACCCCAUCCCUGACAUCAGUACCGAGCUGGAGUGAUCUGGGGAAUCCGUGCAGAGAACCCAGCAGCAAACCAGUGGACUUCAGGGAUGAAGGUCCACUCCAGGUCCCCCUUACAGGCAAGAAAAGGGAGGCUGGGUGGAUCUAAUGUGCAACAACAAGAAAAAUUGUGUGUUUGCAUGGAUGUAAGAGUGUGUAUAUUAGUCUGUGAGUUUAUGUAUAUUAUUCUUUUCAAAUAAUUUUUAUUAAAGUUUUAUACAUUUUUUAACAAAUUAUAGAAACAUUAUGUUAGGAAUAGGGGAGGAAAGGGAAACUUGCAAGUGGGAACGGGUAUCCAUCCAUUAUAAUAAGAAACACAAUAAUGUAUAUGACAUAGAUUGUGCAAUGAUACAGUUCAACACUAAAUCAAUUUUUUACAAAUGAUAGACUUUUUAAAUUUCUUCUUCCCAUCUAUCCCAAUCAUAUUUAAUUUUGCGAAAGAAUGUGUAUUGCUCCUAUGUGACAAUUUGUGCGCUUUGUUAUCUAGAAGUAAGUUCAGGACUUCUUUAAAUGAUGGUGUAUUUUUUUACUUCCAAUACCUUGGCAAGCAUGAGGUAGCAGCAAUCAGGAUGUGGUCUUUUAUUAUUCUAUCCGUUCUACUAACGGACUCAGGGAAUUUUUUUAAAUAAUGCAAUCUCUGAGGUUAAAACACUGAUCGUUCUAUCUACUUUAACAAUUAAAUAGUGAAUCAUUCUCCAAUACCUUGCAAUUUUGGAACAAUACCACCAUAUAUCCCAAACCCCCACAUUCCCUCCAACACUGGUCAGAAUACCUGUUAUUCAUAUUAUGCAAUCUAGACGGAGGCAAGUACCAGGGAUACAAUUUUCUUUAAGUGAUUUUCGAAAUGGUCAGUACAAAAACAAAUCCCUUUUAAUGCUUUGAAAAAAACGAACCAUUCCUCAAGCUCGUAUUGUGUACCCAGCUCCGUCUCCCAGGAUACCAUAUGUUUAAAUUUAGCCAUAGGUUUAGCAUUGUGUAGUGAAUCACACAAAGGUAAUGUACCCUUUCUAUUUGCAUCAUAUAAAAAUGUUUUUCUAGUGAUUUAUAAUUUUUGUCGGUGUCCGGUAUAUUAUAUAAUUAUUUCAAUUUUUCAAUGAUCAAUAUGCAUUCUUCUUUACAAUAAUUCGUUAAUCCAGGUUUAAGUUUACAUUUUUUCAAAUGAAAGGAUGGCACUACCAUACAAAAAACUUAUCUACGUUUGUUAUUGGGUAUUUUUUUCAAUAAAUCUAGACUCAAAAAAGGUAUUCGGUCUUUCAAUGAUGCAAUCGGAAUUGCUCUAUACACUCUCACAGUGUGGCUAUUAUUUUUAAAAACAAUGUCCCAGGCCUUGAGAGUGGUUUUUGUUGAUAAAAAUAGUUUAGCGACUCUAGGCCUUUUUUCAGGUCAUAGCCAGGGUAAUUCCGUAAGUUUAAACGGGAGAAUUUUUGACUCUUCUAUUUCCAUCCAUCUUGGCUUGUUAGAUUGACUAUUAAAACUCACGACCACUGCAGCAUUAGUCGCAAAAUAGUAUUUGUAUGUAUAUUAUUCUGUGUGCAUGUAUAGAUGUGUGUGUGUGUGUGUGUAUGUAUGUAUGAAUCUGUCUGUGUACAUGAAUCUGUGUAUACGAAAGUGCAUAUGAAUGAAUCUGUGUAUAUAUUAGUGUGUCUGAGUACAUCUGUCCGUGUGUGUGUUAGUAUGUGUGAAUAUGAGUGUAAAUGUGUAUAUGGAUGUCAGUACAUGCUUAUAAGUUCCUUAACAAAAGGGAGUUGGGGUGGUGCAAAGGGAUGCACAACAUUUUUUACAGUGGAGGGGGUGAUUAUAGAUUUCCAUCCCAUAUGGCAUGUGUCUUUAAUGUGCCUCUGCAUCUACGAGACACUAACUCAAGUACAGUUACUCAUGGUAACACUCCACUAAACUCAGAAUUGUUAAUCGAAUGAGCAGUGAUUUAAGUUGUAGAAUUUAUUAAAGGACCACUCUAGGCACCCAGACCACUUCAGCUUAAUGAAGUGGUCUGGGUGCCAGGUCCAGCUAGGGUUAACCCUCUUUUUAAUAAACAUAGCAGUUUCAGAGAAACUGCUAUGUUUAUAAAUAGGUUAAUCCAGCCUCCAAAGCCUCUAGUGGCUCUCAUUGACAGCCGCUAGAGGCGCUUGCGUGAUUCUCACUGUGAAAAUCACAGUGAGAGCACGCAAGCGUCCAUAGGAAAGCAUUAUGAAUGCUUUCCUAUGAGACUAGCUGAAUGCUCGCGCAGCUCUUGCCGUGCGUGCGCAUUCAGCCGAAAGGGAGGAGAAGAGGAGGAGAGCUCCCCGCCCGGCGCUGGAAAAAAGGUAAGUUUUAACUCCUUCCUCUCCCCAGAGCCGAGCGGGUGGGGGCCCCCUCAGGCACUAUAGUGCCAGGAAAACGAGUAUGCUUUCCUGGCACUAUAGUGGUCCUUUAAGCCAGACAUUUUUUGCCUAAAUUAUGCGAUUUGGAUUUCAGUCUACUUCCAAUUCAUAAUUAUCACAAAGAAGUAACUCACAUCAGAACCAGAGUUCAUUCAUUAAAGACCAAUUUGUAUUACGUUGAAAUCCAAAUUGCAAAACUGGAGUAAUAAUAGCUGGUUUGUAAAAUCUUUCCAAUGAUCGCUUGUUAUCUGUUGUAUAUCUUUCAGAGGGUAAAUCAGGUUAGCUGGUAUUUUAUUGCACAACCAGGACAGGCAGACGUUUUGUUGUUCUAAUGUUUUACUUCCUCAUUAUUUGUCUAAACUAGGAGAGGCUGUCGGCAUUGGAAGGAAUCCAGCACGCCACAUCUCUGUAGGCCUUCCAGUAUAACAAUAACUAGAUUGAAACCUAUUUUAUUCCUGGUAGCUGAAUGGUACCAUAACCUAUUUUUUAUAAUACAUUUCUUUUUAACACAGAGAGAGCGCUGAGCAAUGUGAAGAAACAAGGAGAUAUUACGCCACAAAACAGAAAGUAAGGUUUUAUUUUUUACAUGUCUGUGUAUCUUAUCAAAAACAAUGGCUGACUGUUAUCUUUUCUUAUAAGAAGAGAACUCUUUUGGACAGCAGACAUGAACUGUAUGAAAACAGUGUUCUUUUUCUUUUCUUUAUAAUCUUCUAGAAACAUGCUUAAACUAUUCAAAGGAACACGAGGCACCCAAACCACUUCAGCUCAUAAAAGUGGUCUGGGUGCAAACUCCCAUCUCCCUUAACCCUGCAGUGGUGUAAACUGCAAUAAUUACCUCUGAGUGUUAGCUCCUCCUUUAGAGGGACCUCCGUAAGUGAAACGGACUUUUGGUCAUCUAAACAACGCUGGACAUCCUCACGCCCUGCAUGAGGACCUUCGGCGUCAUAUUUUCCCCAUAGGAAAGCAUUGAAUAAUAGGAGAACCUAAUGCAAGUGCGGCCAUUGCUGUGCAUGCGCAUUAGGUCUCCCCUGCCCGUGGAUGUCGGGGGGGGGGGGUUGGGCAUGGGUGGAGCUGAGCCAGCGGUGAGGGACAUCAGCUCUGGAGCUAGGUAAGUGCUGAAGGGGUUAUUAAACCCUUCAGCGCUGCUGGAGGGAGCCUUGACAGAGGGGAAAUCUAUAGUGCCAGGAAAACGAGUUUGUUUUUCUGGCGCUAUAGUUUCCAUUUAAAGUCACCAAUGCCACUUCAUCUCAGUGACGUGGACUGGGUGCAGUGGUCAUUUAGUUUUAACCCAUUGUAAAACACUGAAGUACUGACAGCAAGUAAUAUUCGGUGACAUGACGAGGAAGCCCCCUUGGUACAAUGCUUUCUUAUAGGGAAACUUCGAUGUGUGAGCAGCACUCACUGCGCAUGCACAUCAGGUCCACCAUGCUAGUCUAUGCAUUGGACUGUACCAUCAUAGAGAAGACCAUGCCUCCUUGAUUACAUCACGGGGUAGGAGAGGUAAGCUGCGCCGAGGGAGCCUUGGCACUCGGAAUAGGUAAUUAUAUCCUUUAUUUUCUUAAUUUUUAACACAAACGAGCUGACCUGCAUUUUACUAGGGACAGGGAACUCUAAAGCAUUAGAAGUAUAGAUUUGUAUUUGUAAUAAUUUAGUGUUCCUUUCAUUGGACAUUCCAAGAACCACAACCAGUGCAUCUUAUUGUAGUAGUUAUGGUGCUAGGAUUUGUUUACUAAAAAAAUAAAUAAUAAAACACUUUAAUACUCACUGCUUUCAUAAUUCUUACCCUCAUCUCCAUCACCCAAGUCCCACCCUCUUCCUGAGUUCCAGUACAUUCCCCAGUAGAUACUAUUAGUUUCUCCGCUGGCUGCUGACCAGCCGUGGAAGGGACGGUAUAAGUGGGAUGUGUUUACAUACUGUUAUUUGGUGUAUUUAAUUAUGAUUAUUUUUUUUGUGUAUCAGAAAGCAACCUGGGCAGAGGUGAGGUAAAACAGGUUAAAUACUGAGGUGGACAUUUUUCUGUUUUUCCUUUUAGGAGAUCGUUUGGGAAUGACCGUACCAGAUCUCUAAACAGUGAUCAGAGACUGUCUGUCGGCUCCGAUGAUGAAGUGGACCUUGUAAAGGAGUUACAGACUAUGUGUUCCAGCAAGUCAGAACCAGAUAUUACCAAGGUAAAAAAAUAAUACGUAGGGUAUUAUUUACUUCCUGUAUGAAAAUGGAGGGGGUGGGGGGAGGAAUUAAGAAUAGUUUUUUUUCUAAAAGAUUAACCUGUAUUUUAGAUUAUGUUUUUUUGUUGUUUUUUUGCCAAUCGAUUUUUUUAUUAAACAUUUUCGUAUUUUGGGGUACAGAAUAGAAAAAGGGGGGAAGGGAAUCAUUUUACAAGCACUUGUAUUCAUUCGUUUUAUAUCCAGGUUCCCAAAAAGGGAGAGGGUUACAACAUAACAGGGUUGUAGCAGUUACAUGUAUGGAAGCAAUUUUUUUUUAGUUCUUUUUUUUGUACCAUCAGAACAUCAUCUUUUCCCGGCAGUGUAAUGCCGUCUUGGGUUUUGUGUGGGCCCCCUCUGUGUUCUGAGCUUUCCAUUUCAUUUGCUCGCCCUGCCGUAACUAUUUACAUAAUUGGUACAUUUCUGUCAUUUUUCUCUCUCUCUCUUUAUGCUUAUGUGUGUGUGUGUCCCCGGGUUUUCCCUGUGCUGUGCCUCUUCCCGCUGCCAUUUGACUCCUUGGUUCCCUAAUUCUUUAUAUCUCGUGCGUCUCUAAAACCUCUUCCCAUCUCUCUCUGGCUUUUAAUGUGUAUGUGGAUGUUCCGAAUUGGACAUUCAACUUUGUUUCGUACAUUAGGUUAGUAGAGAUUUGAGUCAGUAAUUCAUUUUUUGCGGGUCUAGUGGUUUGCUUCCAGGCCCUUGCGAUCAGUGUGUUUGCGGCUAUUAGAAUAUGAGUAUUAGUAUCACUUGUGGCCUGUUGUACAACUCUAGUUUCAUGAACAGCAACCCACAUUCAGGUUGUAAGGGCGUAUCCGUAUUUAGUGCAUUCUUAAUGAUUUCUUCUACCUCUUUCCAGUAUGGUUUUAUCUGGCUGCAUGUCCACCAUAUGUUGUACAUGGUCCCCUCCUCAAUCCUGCAUCUCCAGCAUAUUUUAGAUGUUUGUGGAUAUAUGUUUGCCAGUCUAGCCGGCACCAUGUACCACCUAUACUGUAGUUUCCUCAUAGGUUCCAGGUGUGAUGCGCAUCUAGAUCUCCCUUUGUGGGCGGUGAAGGCUUUUUGCCAUUGACUGUCAGUGAAGUGUUUGUGUUAGUCCUUUUGCCAGUGCUCCUUGAAUUUUUCCGCUGGUGUUAUUUUGGGGUUAUCGUUUAGCAUUGUGCAAAGUAUGGAGAGUGUCUUUUUUGGAAUGUUUCCUGUGUCGCAUAUUUUGUAUAUUUGUUCCAGGGGCUUUGGUGUGGUUGUGCUAGUUUCGUUCUCCAGAAGUGAUUUUAUUUGGAGGUACGUAAACAAAGUGCUAUUAGGUAGUUGAUAUUUUUGUUUCAAUGUGGGGUAUAGUUCUAGUUUGCCCUCAUGAUAUAAGUGUUUGAUUUGUGUGCAUCCUUGCUGAGUUCAUGUGCGGUGGUCUAAAGAGGGGUUUACAAUGUGUAGGAUUUGUAAUGGGGUUGACAUUGCCCAGCUCUUGCUCUGACCGAAGAGUUGUGUCGUUGAAUCCCAUGUGUCUAAGAGUAGGGAGGUGGUUGUGAGCAAUUCUUUGUAUUUGGGCCUCAGUUUAUGAGGCACCCAGAACAUGUAUUUUAUACCCCCAGGGUAUAUCUCUGCAGCCUCCAUCUCUGCCCAUUGAGGCCUGUUUCCUCCUGCGUGCAGAAGGAGACUUGUGGACAUAAGGGCGGCCCUGUAGUAGAGGCGUACGUCUGGUAGUCCCAGGCCCCCUUGGUUUAUGGGUUUGCUCAGAAUCGCGGAGGCCACCCUUAUUUUUUUGUGUGCCCAUACGAAUGAUGUGAAUAGGCGUUGCAACCUGUUCAGGUAAGUGUGUGGGAGGAAAAUCUGCAGUGUUCUUAUUAGAUACUGGAAUUUAGGUAGUACUACCAUUUUUAGGGCCAUCAGUUUACCCACCCAUGACAAGUAUUUGUGUUCCCAUCCUUUCAUUGUUUCUUCAACCUCCUUCAGGAGCUUGACAUAGUUUAGCUCAAGUAAUUGAUUAGGUUGUUUUGGUAAUUUUAAUCCUAAGAAAGUCGAAUUGGAAAUUUUCUUUCAAUUUGUCUAUCAUGGCAUGCGUCAUCCCUAUCCCCAUGGCUUGUGUUUUGGUAACGUUCAGUUUAUAAUAUGAUUGUUCCCCAUACUCCUUAAUUUCGGCGAGGAGGUUUGGUACUGAAAUAUGUGGUUGUGUGAUUGUCAACAUGAUGUCGUCUGCAAAAAGUCCUGCCUUGUAUACCCUCUUACCCAUCUGUAUCCCGUGUAUACUUGUAUUGUCUCUAAAUUGUGUGGCUAGUGGUUCCAGGGCUAUGAUGUACAGUAGUGGCGACAGGGGGCAGCCCUGCCUCGUUCCGUUGGAGACCCGAAACGGCUCCGAUAGAAACCCCUAGUUUAAUACUUGUGCCUCGGGUGAGCUGUAUAGUGCUUCCACCACUGCUCCAAAUUUGUCGGGUAUUCCAAACUUUCCUAGGACCACCUUUUAAAAAAAACAAUGUAGUCUAUCAAAGGCUUUUUCAGUAUCUAAGGACAGAAAUAAGCCUCCUUUUUUUGUGUCUGUAGUUUGUAUAGAAGGUUUAUGGCUUUCCUUGUGUUGUCUGCCCCCUGCCUCCCCCUCACAAAGCCCACCUGGUCGGUGUGUAUUACAUGUGGUAUAAUUUGUCCCAGUCUUGUGGCAUAUAGUUUGGCAAAUAAUUUCGCAUCUGUGUUUAGGAGCGAAAUGGGCCUAAAAUUUUGCGGCACUGUGGGGGGUUUGUUGUGUUUUGGCUGUGUAACGAUGUGUGCUAACAUCAUCUCUUUUGGUAGAGAUUUUGUGAUUGUGGCAUGAUUGAACGCUGUUGUUAGGUAGGGUGCUAGUGUGUGGCUGAAUGUCUUGUAAUAUAGGUUUGUUUGGCCCUCUGGCCCUGGUGAUUUGCUCGUUGGCAGUGUGUGGAUGACUUUAAGAAUCUCCUGUAUUUCUAUUGGUUUGGUUAAGUCCAUCUGUUGUUGUGGUGUGAGUUGUGGUAGCUUAAGUUUGUCUAAAUAAGCCUUUAUGCUUGUGUCCGUGGGUUGUGUCGUGCUUGGGUCCCCUUUUAGAUUGUACAGGGUGUGGUAGUAUUUUGCAAAUUCUUUGCUUAUUUCUCUGGGUGUGGUGCGUUUUUGGCCUUUGUUGUCUAGUAAAUAGGCUAUUUUUUGGUUGAUCUGUUUCUGUUUCAGUUGAUUAGCUAGGAGUUUACUCGCUUUGUUUCCCUGCAUGUAGUGGGAUAUUUUAAGUUUUUCAUGUUAGUUUGCGUUUGUUCCAGUGCUUGUUGGUGUAUCAGCCUAAAAAUGAUCAUGAUGCAGUGGUUUUUUUUCUGCUCUCGGUUGUAUUUGGUUACUCGUGUUUAAGUCAUAUAGUUCUUGUUGCCAUGUUUUUAGUUUAGUCUGUGCCAGUUUCUUGAUGUAUGCUGCCUUUCUAAUUAGCAUGCCCCUGAUUACUGUCUUGUGUGCCUGCCAUAUAGUAAUUGGUGACACCUCUCCGUUGUUGUUCAAUGUGAAGUAUAAUUUGAGAUCGGCUGUAAAUUCUUCCGUGUAGUCUUUAUUUUGGAAUAAUGUGUCAUUUAGCUUCCAGGGGCUGCGGUGUUUAAAAUCGUACAUGUUUUUCAUGUCAAGGAGCACUGGUGCAUGGUCGGACCAUGUUAUUUGUUUUAUUUCACAAGGGUGUACUUGGUUUAGGUGGGGUCCUGAAAUGAGAAACCCAUCUAUCCGGCAGUAAGAGUUAUGGACAUUAGAGAAAUGAGUAAAUGUUUUGUCCCCCAGGUGUGUGAUUCUCCAUGCAUCAUAGAAAUGGUACUCAUUCAUGAGUUUCUGCAGGGCUUUGCAUUGUCUUUUCAGUGGGCGCUGUCUACGUCUGUGUUGCGGUAGUGUGGUAUCUAAUUUGGGGUCCAAAAUGUGAUUGAAAUCCCCGCAGAUUAUUGUGAGUCCCUGUUGUAUUUUGCUUGUUUUUUUGAGGAUGCUCUGGAGGAAGUUGCGUUGGUUCGUAUUGGGCGUAUAGAUGUUUACUAUUGUGUAAAUCAUAUCAUUUAUUUUGCCCUGCAAUAGGACGUAUCUGCCAUUGGUAUCAGCUUCAUGGUGUUGUGGCUCAAAUUUCAUGUGUUUGCUUAAGAGGAUAGAGGCGCCUCUGGAUUUAGCUGGUGAUGUGGCAUGAUAUUGGUGCGGGAAUUGUAUUGGUUGGAUAUUGGGGUGGUCAUUAUGUCUGAAGUGUGUCUCUUGGAGACAUACGAUAUCAGCGUUAAAGGACUUGAGCUCUCUGUUUAGCAUAUGUCUUUUUGCGGGGGUAUUCAAUCCCCGUACGUAGUAUGUGCAUAUUCUCACGAUGGUUUCUUGUGGUUUGGCUGACUGUAGUGUAUCAUGCUGUUUGUUUUGUCUGGGGGCAGCACUCCUCCCAGCUUUGUCAAGCCGAGUGCUGGCUCCCCUUUGGUGCUCAGGGUGUGGGUGUCCCGUAGAGACUGUAGGAUAGACUUGUGUACAAUAUAGUUUAUAGGCUUUUGUGUUGUAUGUGAGAAAUGUGUCAAUGUGGGGUCAUUCGUAUUUCCCCCCACCGUUUGUUCAUCAAGGAUACCGUAAACAUAACAUAUAAACAUAAAGUUAAACAUCAACAUAACAACAAAAGUAUAUACAUUCAGUAAUACUGCUUGAGGUAUGGCUGGGCACUGCGUUGUCGUGCCUUGGGGUUGAAGCUAGGCUUCUCGACCUGGUGUCUCCCCGCUACUAUAGCUUCUCCUAGCCUUUUAACUUGGUAUCGCCCUAUAUGGUUCUAUUUGUUGUCGUCACAAUCUUUUCCUUAAAGUAGUUGUGGUUUGUCUAGCGUUAGGGUGUUUCUAAUGAUCAUCUUGCCAGUAGGAUUGUGUUGUCUGUGUGCGGGCAGUAUAGUGGCUGUGUAACCUUGUCCCCGACCCUCUAAGUAACCAGCCUUUGUUUUUAGUCUAUAUGUGAGGAUCCAACCUCUCUCUCUUCCUUAAGCCUCCCUCCUCAGUUUCCCCUGGUGGUUUGCCUGAAAAAUGCACAUUUUCUAUAGAUGCCCUGUUUAGUAGUAUUAUAUUUCAUUUACAUUACCCGUCCCUGGUUUCAAUCUGGCUUAGUCUCUGUCUAAGGGGUUCACCCCUAGUUUGUGGAUGUUGUCGUGACAGUUCAUUCAUUUUUUCUUUGAUUUUCUCCAGUCUGCUAGUGCCUGUCUCCGUGGUAGCCUGGUCAGGUACAUUAAUGUCCCAUGUUUUAAGGAUUUUUCGUCCUUCUUCUGGCGUCUGUAUAGCCGUGGUUUUCCCUCUUCUGUUGACCAGGAUUUUUGUUGGAUAUCCCCAGCAGUAUGGAAGGUGGUGUUCCCUUAGACUCUGAGUUAUGUCUCUGAAGUCUCUGCGGUGUUUCAAUGUGAAAGCUGAGAUGUCAGCGUAUAUUGCGAUUUGUUUAGUUUUUUGUAAAACUCUGGUAAGCUUUUGCUCAUCUGUUUGCGUUUAGGACAGCAUCUUUGGCGUGGUAAUAAUGCAUAUGAAGCAGGACAUCCCGUGGUGUUUCUAGAGGUAAAAAGCUUUGUUUUGCUGUGCGGUGUAUUCUGUCGAUCAAUAACAUCUUCUGGGGCCAUUCCGGCAGUAAGUGUUUCAGAAGGCCUGUUACAUGGGCCAUGAGGUCUGGUGCGCUCACCGUUUCUUCUAUGCCCAUUAUGCGGAGAUUGUUUCUGCGGGCACGGUCUUCCAUGUCCGCAAGUUUCACGUCCUGUGUGUCCAAUCUGGACACACAGGAGUGUUAUGAGCUGUGUCAUAUUUCGCCAUCUUGUCCUCCACUCGUGAGGUUCUCGUCCCCAGCUCCUGUAAGUCUUUCCUAUGGUCUUUCAUUGCGGAAUCUAGCUUUUGCAAUAUUUUAGUGGACAUUUCGUCCAGCAGUAUUUUUAGGGUAUUGUGCGUUAGCACUGGUUCUGUUUCCGCCGACUGUUCCCUGUGGUCCGCGUUUUCGUCGGCGCCAUCUUGGGCCUGCUCUUGCGGUUGCUGGAUUUUUGCUUGUCCGGCUAUGGAGACAAAUAAAUUGUUUUUUUCAGACUUUUCCAUGGCUCUCUUCCCUUUAGGCUGCGACAUUAUUUAAGUUUUAGUGUUAUAUUUGGGAUUAAUUGCUCUUUGAAGCCGUUUUUGGCGUGGAGCUGCUAACACAUGCGACCGCUCCUGUUCACAGCAAGGCCACGCCCCAGAUUAUGAUUUUUUUUUUAAUGUUUUGUUCCAGUGUGUUUUUACAGUUCCAUGUGAGUAGAACUGGGAACUAGAACAUUGGUUAUCUCUUAUAUACAACUACCUUUAUGUUUGUUUUUGUCACUGCGUAUUUGUUUGUGUUUCUCUUUGUGUCAAACUGAACAGAUAAUAGAACACACAUUGUUGUUCUAUUUUAGUAACGUUAAGUGCAGGUAUAGGUGUAUAUGAAUCUUUAAAUGAUAUACUUCAGUAUUUGUGGAGAGCCUGCAAGGAAGUUCUGUAACGUGAGUCUAAUGCACCUUUUUAUUUACUUUACAUAGGGAGGAAUAUUUGACUAAAUGUUACAAGUGGCUGGGAAAAAUUCAGAAUUAUGUAGCUGUAUAUAUUGUACGCUUGUGACAUUUUUACUUUUAAACAAACACAGACCAAGUUGAAAUACAACAUUUAGAAAGUGAGUUCCUAGAUUGGAUACAAGGAAAAUUUAUCUUUUAGCUUUUUAAAUUUAAAACUCAUUUAAAUGUAAUUGGGGGAAAAAAAGGUAAUGUAAACUUUUCUACAGAUACUUUUAUCAACGCUAUUUUUGUAUAUCUUUUGAUGUAAACGGCUGUCCUGUAAUUUUACUUUCACAAGAAAUAGUCUUCCUUAAAAAAGGUCCCAAAAUUCUAAAAAUGUUGCCAUGUGGAUCAUACUGCUAUUUAUCGCAGUUUAUUUUAUGUUGAUCCACGUUGAUUUCUUUGCAGAUUGCUGACUUGGAUAGCUGUUUGGUUAUAUUUAAGAAUCCUACAAAUGACCAGAUUUCAGCGAUUGUUAACAAACCGUCUUCCCAGAAGCCAAAUAAAGUAAGUGGGUUAAAGUGUGGCCUAGACUAGUUGUAGAAAGUAGGUUUUUUUUUCGGUUAACAUUGAAUGAUAAAUCCUAAAUUUAAAAAUGAUGAGUUUUAGUCUGUUCUAGUCACUGCGUGGCUAUUUUAGAGUAAAAUUUUGGAAUUCCAUUUGUAAUUCACUAGAAUUCUUUGUUUAGCUAAUAUACCAUAUAAGUUUGUUUUAUUUUUCUUUGAAAAGUAUGUGCCUGCAUAAUUUUGUUUUUCAAAAUUGUCAACCACUCUAAAAUAGCCACGCAGUGACUAGAACCUUUCCUUUUCCUUUUUUUUUUUUUUACCAGGAAAUUUUUAUUUUAUUUUUUUUAAAGGUAAUAUCAGAUAUCUGUUUUGUUGUUUUGUAGUGAUAUUAUUCAGUGUACAUUAUUGAGAAGUACCGUAUAUACUCGAGUAUAAGACGAGUUUUUCAGCACAUUUUUUGUGCUGAAAACCCCCCACUCAUCUUAUACUCGAGUGAGUGUCUGUAUUAUGGCUCAUUACAAGCCCGGCGGUACUGUUGGGGGCUGGCAGAGAGCUUUCCUGCAGCUCCUGUCAGCUCCCUUCUCUCUCCUCUGGUCCGGUCAGCUCCACUGCAAGUCUCGCAAGAGCCGCGGGGUCAGAGAAUUGCCACGGGUUACUGUGGCAACACUCCGCGCGGCACUCAGACCGCAAGACUUACAGGGGAGCUGACAGAGGAGCUGACUGGACUGGAGGAGAGAGAAGGGAGCUGCAGGAAAGGUAAGUUACAGCUCUCUGCCAGCCCCCCUCCUACACAGCUAAUGCCACUGGAUCACCAGGGAAUGAGAGCCCCCCUCCCUGGCCAGCUAACAAGCAGGAAGGGGGGACAAAAAUAAAUAUAAAUAAAGAUUUAAAGAAUAAUAAAAUAAUAAUAUUAAACAUUUUCAUUAAUAUUUAAAUAAUAAUAAUUACAAAAUUUUUAUAAAAAUGCCCACCCCCCACCAAGGCUCUGCAUCACACACAAAUACACUCUGCAUCACACACACACACACUGCACUCAUACACACACACUGCAUUAUAUACACACACACACCGCAUUCAUACAAACACACUGCAGUAUAUACCCACACACACUGCAUUCAUUAUAUACACACACUGUAAAUAAAUAUUCAAUUAAAAUAAUUUUUGGGGAUAUAAUUUUAUUUAGAAAUUUACCAGUAGCUGCUGCAUUUCCCACCCUAAUCUUUUACUCGAGUCAAUACGUUUUCCCAGUUUUUUUGGGUAAAAUUAGGGGUCUCGACUUAUAUUCGGGUCGACUUAUACUCGAGUAUAUACGGUAUAUAGAUUUGUCAAUAAGAAAGGUAUCUAUAAAGGUUCCCCUCCGAUUAUUAACAUAAUACAUAAUGUGUCUCUAAUACUGAAUAACUGAAGGGGCACUGUAAAGAAAUUUAAAUGGUAAACCUAAUCAUUUGUAAUUUCAUAUUUGUGAUUGCACAUCGCCCCUUUCUCUGGCCUCCCUGUGUUCUCUUAUGGUUCCACAGUCACAUAAGCUGAAAAGAGGCAUGCGGCUAUCAAGUCCAGUCUUUCUCACAUCUGUUUUUGCUGUUGAUCCAAAAGAAGGCAAAAAAAAAACAGUUUGAAGCACUUUCCAAUUUUGCAACAAACUAGGACCCAGAAUUGCAGUCAGAUCUCUCCUUGGAUCAAAAAACAAAGAAAAUCUCCUAUAUAAAAAUAAAUGAAUAAAUAUGUGAUUGCAAGGGAGACUGUUGAUUAAUUAUUUCCUUAAAAAUAAUAGUGCUAGGUGCCUCUUUGUCAUCACUAUGCUAUUAUUGAGCAACUUGUAAGAUGUCUGAGACAGGAAUGAAUUUCAAGACUAGGACCUACCUCCCAACAUUUUAAAAGGGACUCUUUUUAAUAUUAAUGGUGUGAGUUGGGGUUUGGCCAGGGACGCGGCUGAUCUGAAAAAUUUUAGAUUACUUACUAAUAACAAUUUAUGUAACUAAACUGUAAUUUAGAACGAGCAAUGUUUCUUUUUUACACAGACUGGUUUUUAAACACAUUUAUUGUAGUUCAAAGACACGUUGCUGUAUUAUUGCUGUGGAACUCUGUUUUACACUCAGACGCACCAACAACAUGGAGCUCCUAAAAAAGAGUGGCAUUAGGAUAGAAAAUACAGACAAAAUGAUUUUGCCCCAAAAUAAGGACUGUCCCUCCUAAAUAGGAACACUUGGAAAGUAUGGAUGAGUUACACAAAGUUUAAACUUGCUUGAGUUUUAGAAUGUGUGUGCCCACUAGGAAUAUUCUUUGUAGAAUGGGCUGUAUUCUCCCUCCUACUCUGCUUACCGUAAAUGUUUUGUGAUUUCACAGGAUGGGGUCUGUCCUCCCCACAACAUUGAAACGUCAGAAAGCGGCACCAGCAGACAGAAACAAAAACCCGAACCUGGUGUUUCUAAAGUGAAAUCUUUACUCCCUGUACCUAGAACUCAAACCGUACGCUACAACCAGCAGAAAAAGCAGCAUUAAUACAAGGCAAAAGGCCAUUCAUAGUGACUCUACCGAUGAGAUUGGAGCUUGCACAAUACUAUAGCUCUCAACCAAGGUAACACACAAACCUAGUUUCAUGUGUUACCUUAGACCAGGGUAGUGCAGUCUGCAGCCUCCACAUAGAAGACUACAGCCAACUUCCUCACAGAAAAUGGAGAUCAUGGUCCCACAUCUGGAUGCCCUCAGACUUGCCACUGCCCUUCACUGCAGAUAUUCCCGUGCAUAUUGCCCAAUCGCAAUGCAUUGUGGGGGCAUUCUUGCAGCCAAGGCAUUAAUAUUUAGUGUACAGACAAUAAAUGUAAAUAGUAAACCAGGGGUGUCCCCGCAAUAUAAUAUGUAUAUGGGGCCAUAAAUAAAUUCUUUAUAUGUAAAUAUGUUUAUAGACCGUUGUUGUACGUUGAUUAUAAGAAACCUUUCUUGGAAAUGCUGUACUGUUGAUUUACAAAACCCAGUAUGGUGAUUAUUUUUAAAUGCUGAUAAUUUGUUUUGCCAAAAGUGUGACAGAUUGCAUUCUGGGUAUCUUCCACAGCCCGUGUAAUGGAUGGAAUAUUCCGUGACUAACAUGUUUAUGUUGUAGAUUCUUUAACGUGUACAGUGUUGUUUCACAUACAAAUCUUACACGCACCUAGCAAAAGUAUUUUUAAUAUUUUAGAUUUCUGUGCACUCAAACGUUGUGGCAAUAAAAAAUAAAAAUGCACCCAUUAAGGUCACAAUUAACGCACCUUUUACGCAAGCCAUAUACAAUAUGUUGACUGUUCCUUUGACAUCCUGGAAGACGAUUUUGCAGUAAAUAUUCUGUAAAAUUUGUGUCUGUGCUCUACGCUCUACAUAGCUUUUCAUAGCUGCUUCCUAAUCUCCAUAGCAAAUUCAUUAUAAAUGCAAUAAAAGCAGUAAUUUAUAGCAUGAUUCUAGGCACUGCUUGUAGAUAAAGUCGUUUUUUGUUUUUUUUUCUACAAGGAAUACAAUCUUAUAAUAUAACUGUACUUGGGUCCGGUACAUUUUACAAUUCUUCCUAAUUCUUCCCCUUAAAACUUUUCCAUAACCAGUGUUCAACAUGGCUGUGUGAAGACUCACAAUCUGAUCUCAGUGUUAAAAAAAAAUUAAAAAAAAAAUUUAAAUUGCCGUAUUAUCUGUUACAUAGUAUUGAAAAAUAAAAUGUAACAUGUUUUAUGUUGUUCAGAGAUUACCUUUUAAUAUUUAUUGAAAUAAAACAAAUGGCAUGUUAUAUGCAGUUGCUAA